AUGUUUGGCAGCGGUUUAGCACUCGUAAGUUCCUUUUCUAAAUGAGAAUGAGUGACUCCCUGCUGCAGGAAUCUAGACCCCAGGAAUGAGCACAUCUGCUCGGUGGGGACUCUGAUGGGCCAACGCAGCUCAAGGUGAGUGGGUUCCAGUGCAAGUACAGAGUUCUUUGCAAAUAAGGAAUUGAAAGUGAUGUUCAGUGAUUGGAUACUUACAGAAAGUUGUUACUGUUGCAUUGUAGUAGAGCUCUAUAUAAGCAGGCUGGCUGAACCCUUCAGUUCAGUUCUGUUCUGGCCUGUGAAUAAACAAGAGCUGUCUGAAGAAUCGCUGUGUUGUCUGAUAUGUUCACCCACAACUUAACAAAAGAAGAGACUGAGAGGGGUGUUUCAAAUUGUGUUUCAACGGCUCUUGUUUGUCCCUAGUAAGGGAACGGGAUCUGCACUGACCGAUUUGUUGCGAAUGACCCCAAUAUUCCUCACUCUUUUCUUGGGUUCACGAGAAGCUGUGAUGCAGGUGAAAUGUUAUCAUCAUUAAGCCGUGGCAAUGCACCUUUUAAUUGGCUGAAUCAUGGAUCCAUUGAUUAAAAAAGCCAUGGUUUUCCUAGUAGUGAUGUAUGGAAGUGAGAGCUGGACCAUAAAGAAGGCUGAUCGCCAAAGAAUGGAUGCUUUUGAAUUCUGGUGCUGGAGGAGACUCUGGAGAGUCCCAUGGACUGCAAGAAGAUCAAACCUCUCCAUUCUGAAGGAAAUCAGCCCUGAGUGCUCACUGGAAGGACAGAUCCUGAAGCCAAGACUUUGGCCACCUCAUGAGAAGAGAAGACUCCCUGGAAAAGACCCUGAUGUUGGGAAAGAUGGAGGGUACAAGGAGAAGGGGACGACAGAGGACAAGAUGGUUGGACAGUGUUCUUGAAGCAUGAAUUUGACCAAACUGCAGGAGGCAGUGGAAGACAGGAGUGCCUGGCAUGCUCUGGUCCAGGGGGUCACGAAGAGUCAGACACGACUAAACGACUAAACAACAAUGAUUCAAUGUGGAAAUUGCUCGAUUUGUUUGUGUACUUUUGUGUGCUGUUUGACCAUUGUUGUUAGAUUUGUAAUUAUGUAUUUUUUCAUGCUGAAAGUCACCUUGGACAUAGUUUUUACUAUGGAAAGGCAGACUACAAAUAAAAUGACGUAUUUAUGUAAAUCAGCACAUGCUCAAAGCCCGUUGAAACAUGCAGAGGGAAAAGCGUCUGGCCUGCAAAGACAGUUUGGGUUCUGCUGUAGAAAAGGAAGUCCUGUGUUUUUAAGCAAAAGAUAAUUGUAGCAAAUAACAAAAGACGGUGGCCAUAGCUACACUGUUCAUUUAAAACACAUGGCUUCCCCCCAGUAUCCUGGGAACUAUAGUUUGCUAAGGCUGCUGGGAAUUCUAGCCCUGUUGUGGGCAAACUGCAGUUCCCAGGAGUUUUGCAGCUGCAAGAGGAGAGGAAAUCUGCAUGUGGGAGAGGAACGGUUUGUGUUUGUUUUGCUCUUAUUUCUACUAUGUAUUUUGUGUUUUUUAUAUUGUGAUUUUGUGUUGUGAACUGCACUGAGAUCUAUGGAUGAAGGGUGGUAUACAAAUUUAAUAAACAAACAAAUAAUUCAGACAAGUCCUUAUUGUGCUCCUAAUGCAUGCAAGUUUUUUGCAGUGUCUACAAGAUGUCAUGCACCCUACUCCCUUGUUUAAUCUGGAAUUAUCCUUCCAAGAGGGAAAUCCAAUAUGUGGGGCUUCCAGAUGGGGGUUUUAAUAACCAAGCAAGUUUUUGAGAUAUCUCAAAGGGGGGUAGGGGAAUGGCGGCAGCAAGCAACAGGGACUUUAUUAAGUUUUUCAGGAUACAGUAAAUAAACGGCACAGGGUUACUUCGAAUUAACUUCUGAAAUAAGAAUAUUGAGGGGUGCCUUCAAUAUUGAGCUUCUUAAGGAAGACUGGACCUUUGGAGAGAGCGUUCCUUUUAAGGCUCAAACUGGUUGGGAACAAAGACCAGACCAGGAUAUACGAAAGCAAAGCGGCUAUAAGCCUGAUUUUUAUUAAAGCUGUUGCAACAGGGCACUCCCCUCACACGCAGGAGAGAGGAGGAGGACCCUGGACAAAGGUGUGCAAGCCCUUAUAUCAGGGGUCAGCAAACUUUUUUGGCAGGGGGCUGGUCCACUGUCCCUCAGACCUUGUGGGGGGCCGGACUAUAUUUUGAAAAAAAAUAAAUGAACGAAUUCCUAUGCCCCACAAAUAACCCAGAGAUGCAUUUUAAAUAAAAGGACACAUUCUACUCAUGUAAAUACAUGCUGAUUCCCGGACCGUCUGCUGGCCGGAUUGAGAAGGCGAUUGGGCCGCAUCCGGCCCCCGGGCCUUAGUUUGCCUACCCAUGCCCUAUGCCAACGAGCCAUCAAAGCUCUUGAUGUCCCCUCCAUGAUUUCCAAUGGGGCCAGUUCAUGCAUCCAACUGGCUUAUCCUCAAGUGGGACGCGGGUGGCGCUGUGGUCUAAACCACUGAGCCUCUUGGGCUUGCCAGUUAGGUCAGCGGUUUGAAUUCCCGCGACGGAGUGAGCUCCCGUUGCUCUGUCCCAGCUCCUGCCAACCUAGCAGUUCAAAAGCACGCCAGUGCGAGUAGACAAAUAGGUACCACUGCAGCGGUGAGGUAAAUGGCAUUUCCAUGCGCUGCUCUGGUUUCCGUCAUGGUGUUCUGUUGCGCCAGAAGUGGUUUAGUCCUGCUGGCCACAUGACCCGGAAAGCUGUCUGUGGACAAACGCCGGCUCCCUUGGCCUGAAAGCGAGAUGAGCACCGCAACCCCACAGUCACCUUUGACUGGACUUAGCUGUCCGGGGUCCUUUACCUUUACCUCAAGUGUUGAGAAAUCAGCUAAUGGGACAGGGCAGGGACAGAGAAGCUGUGGCCUUACAGACUGUACUGUACUUGUGUGGGAUGUGAAACACAAGAGCAGUCAAGUACAACCUUCCUAGAGUGAACAUGUUUGCACAUGGGGAGGAAUGUUUGUCCAUCAGCAGGUAAACUUCCUGUUUCCUUCUGGGCUGGGACAGACUUCCUCUGCAUGUGACUAGAGGUUGGUGUGGCCUCACCUCUCCAGGUAACGAGAAAAGCACAGGGCAGGGCAGCCAUCUCUCUCUCUUUGACUACAUGCAUCAAAGAAGCAACAUCGGCUUAGCCAAAGAUGCUCUCUUGGCCUCCAGCCAAGAGAGGACAAAGGGACUUUCUUCUUAUGAGAUAGUUUCCAGGUAUAUGUUACUUUUCUAAGCUAAGUCUGCCUUCUGGGAUCCUAUUGUGAACAGAAUGAUGUGUGAGUAAACCUUUUUAUACUUUUAUAGAAGACUGUGUCGUGUCUUACCUUUUAUGAGGGAAUAAGGGGAAAAUACCAGAACAGUUAUUAUAGAGGCUUUAGUGAGCCUUUAGCAAACGCAUCCGCUGCAAGUUUAAAAAGGGGAAUGUUACUCUGCUAAAUUGUGAACUUGUUAACACAAGUUGGAAAGGCUAUAAUCAAACAAUAUAUCCUCUCUGCAUCCCUGAACAUUCCCACAACUUGACCAUUGAUCAUGGGGAUUGGGGUUGGUGGGAGUUGGAGCCCAACGAGAUCCGGAGCUUCCUCACCUCUGGGAUAGAAGUGAUACAGGCCAACCCACAACCACCAUCUCCCGGAGCUGGCUUGCAUGUCCGAUUGAUGACAGCAUCCCUCCUGAGCCGCUGAAGGCAGAAGUGACCUCUCCUUCCUCCUUGUGUGUGCAGAGAGAGGGAGACUGUUUGCAUUGACAUACCAGCAAUUGCUGCAACGUAAGGACAUUGGAUUUGACCAAACUGCGGGAGGCAGUGGAAGACCAGUGGAAGUGCCUGGCGUUCUCUGGUCCAUGGGGUCACGAAGAGUCGGACACGACUAAACGACUAAACAACAACAACAAAGGACAUUGGAAGUUGCCUCACACUGAGUCAGACCACUGGAUAUUCAGAAGCCAUUUUCUGCUAUUCCUAUAUUCUAAGCAUUUGCGCAACCACCCAGAAGAAUUGGAAGGCCAUUUUUUUAAUAUAAAAAAAUAGUGCUUCCUGCAAUCCAUGCACUGUUGGCGAUUCGUUGCCCUGAAAGAACCAACGUCCAUAAUUCUUUGGUGCCUGGUCACCUGGUGGCGAUGCUUCUGCGCCACAGGUGACCAGACAAGCACAGGAAUGGUUUAAAUACACAAGGAACUAUUUAGAUCAUGCUGGCCUUAGACCUGGUCAUAGCAACAGAGUUUAGGGUUAUUUAUUCAGGGCCAUAUGCAUUGUUCAUCUUCUGGGGGCACAAGCGGUUUGCGCUUUUGCAGAGGAACUUUCCCUUUCAGUUACUGCACCCUUGAAAUCAGCUCUGGAAAGUGGGGGAACCUCUGGGGAAGAUUGGGGAGGGGUGCAGGGAGAAGGAGGAGGAGGGGAAAGUGCUGCUCCCUAGAGCUUUGGGUAUAAUCCUGAUUUCUUCUUCUUCUGGGUGUGGGGAAAGGGGCAUUAGAAGAAGAAGAAGCAAAGGUCUAGGAACAAUAGCUUAAUGGUGUAAUCACAGGCUGUCUUAUGUCAUAGUGGCUUAGCAGGGAGAGCAAAAGCGAUUGGUUUAGCCAGCUGUCGAUGUCACAGGGCUCUCCCCCAAUCCCAUUUGAGACUGGGUGAUGGUAGAGCCAAUAACAUCUGAAAGGUUGGAAUUUCUCAAGUUGAGGGACUUCAUAAUGUAAGUAUCUUCCCAACACAUGAUGGGCGAAGCCACUGUUAGUGUGUGAUCAGAUCAUAUGAGUAGAGCAUUAUAUACAUAUACAUAUACAUAUACAUAUACAUAUACAUAUAUAUAAUUUUAUUAGUUUUUAACAUACCAUUUUCAACAGUAAUUAAACAUGCUUUUUACAUCUUAUUCAAUUUUUUUGACUUCCACCACCAGUCCUGUCUGAAAAUUUUCCAAUCUAAUCUCUUAGUAUACAUUUCUUAUUUUCCCUAUUACAUUUCAAACCCAUAAGCAAUAUCUCUAUCUUUUUCUACUUUGUAACACUUCGUAUAUUUCUCCUUACAAAGCUUCUUGUGGUCCUACUAGCGUAAUUUGUUGAUUACAGUUGCUCUUCAAGUAAUUCAUAUACUUCUUCCAAUCUUCUGUGGAUCUCUGGUCCCGCAGGUUUAGAAUCCUUCCUGUCAUUUUGUCCAAUUCUGCAUAGUCCAUUAAUUUCGUCUGCCAUUCUUCUUUUGUUGGAAUUUCUUCUUGCUUCCAUUUCUGGGCUACCAGUACUCUUGCCACUGUUGUUGCAUAUAAGAACAGUUUGACAUCUUGCCUAUUAAUGUCUUGGCCUAUAAUACCAAGUAAAAAUGCUUCUGGUUUUUUUAAGAAUGUAUAUUUCAAUGAAAUGAGUAGAGCAUUUUCAGGGCAGUGGGGUGGAGAGCAGGGACGGCUCAUUCUACCUCAUGCCUCCCCCCCCCCUUUGUUUGUUUGGUUUUUUAAAAAAUAUUUUUAAUUAAAUUUUCUGUUUUUACAAUUUAGAAUAUUCAUUUAAACAACCUUAAAAUACUGGUGACUUCCCUUCUUCUCUUCCCAUGGUUCAUUUUGCAUAACAUAAACCCCACAUAUCUUAUAUAAACUAAACCAUUCAGUAUUCCAUUAUUACAUCCAUCAAAACUUAUUUACAUUGUUGAAUUUAUCUUAAUGCUGCCAAUGUUUUCUUUUUCUUUUAAAAGGGUUUAUUAAUUUUCCAAUAAGAACAUCUAAUUAACAUAUCAAAUCAAAUCCAAUAAAAAUAAAAAACUAAAAUAAAAAUAAGUUCAAUUGUCUUCCAAAUUGUAAUAAUUUUGGUUUUGGCUUCCCACGAUCUGAAUUCCGAAGCGCUUUCAACACCGUAGUCCUGCCUUUUUGUUUCUUGCAGAUGUAAGUUUGCAAAAUGACUGAUUGGGAACAGCCAGCUGUGCGGACGAUGGGAGAUGCUAAGGAUGCUUUGCUGACGGAGGUGUGGGAAGGCAGCAGCUACAGGUGAUGCUCUCUGCUAGCGAUGAUGCGCUUCCACCUGCGGCUGUGCGGAAUGCACAAACUGGGGAGGCGGGGUGCGCAAUGAAAGAAGGAACAGGGUUCAGUGUAUCAGCAACAGGCUGUGCUCUGAAAACAACUGUGGGCCAUUGGAAUUUUGGAUGGGAGCCUUCUAUGAUACUGAUAAUCUUGAUCUGUCAUUCUCCCAUAGCAGAGUGACGAAAUUGGAGAAAAUCUACAUCAGACAUUCAAAAACCAACAAGCCUGCUAUCCCAGCCUGGUUAACUCCCUAAAACUCUGAUACCCCAUAAUUAAAUACAAUAUACUCCCAUACAGACUACCUUAGAGGUAAAGGUAAGGUACUCUGCCCGUACAGUUGCCAGUCUUGCCAGACUCUAGGUUGUGCGCUCAUCUCACUCUAUAGGCCUGGAGCCAGCGCUGUCCGCAGACACUUCUGGUCACGUGGCCAGCUGUGACAAGCUGCAUCUGGCUGAGCCAGCGCAGCAUACAGAACGCCAUAUUACCAUUCCUGCUGGUAAGUGGUCCUUAUUUAUCUACUUGCACCCAGGUAGUGACUGUGAACUGUCCCUAGGUUGGCAGGCACGGUGGGACCGAACGACUGGAGCGCACCCCGCCACAGGGAUUCGAACCGCUGACCAAGCGAUCGGCAAGUCCUAGGCACUGAGUUUUACCCACAGCGCCACCCGCAAUCCCACAGACUACCUUUACCAACGUGCUUUUAAAACCAAAACUCGCGAUUUGCAUAGAAACUGUUUCUCAGGCGGCUAGUCCUAGUCUUUAUAACCCUGUUCCUUCUACCAGAAAGGGACGCGGGUGGUGCUGUGGUCUAAAUCACAGAGCCUAGGGCUUGCCGAUCAGAAGGUCGGCAGUUCGAAUCCCUGUGAUGGGGUGAGCUCCUGUUGCUCGGUCCCUGCUCCUGCCAACCUGAGCAGCUUCCAAAGCACGUCAAAGUGCAAGUAGAAUAAACAGGUUACCACUCCGGCGGGAAGGUAAAUGGUGCUUCCGUGCGCUGCUCUGGAUUGCCAGAAGCGGCUUAGUCAUGCUUGGCCACAUGACCUGGAAGCUGUACGCGGCUCCCAGCCAGGGUGGGCGCCACUACCGAGAAGGCCCUCUGCCUGGGUCCCUGUAGCUUUGCUUCUCGCAAUGAGGGAACCGCCAGAAGGCCCUCGGCGCUGGACCUCAGUGUCCGGGCAGAACGAUGGGGUGGAGACGCUCCUUCAGGUAUACUGGGCCGAGGCCGUUUAGGGCUUUAAAGGUCAACACCAGCACUUUGAAUUGUGCUUGGAAACGUACUGGGAGCCAAUGUAGGUCUUUCAAGACCGGUGUUAUGUGGUCCUCGGCAGCCGCUCCGCAGUCACCAGUCCUAGCUGCCGCAUUCUGGAUUAGUUGUAGUUUCUGAGUCACCUUCAAAGGUAGCCCCACGUAGAGCGCAUUGCAGUAGUCCAAGCGGGAGAUAACUAGAGCAUGCACCACUCUGGCGAGACAGUCCGCGGGCAGGUAGGGUCUCAGCCUGCGUACCAGGUGGAGUUGGUAGACAGCUGCCCUGGAUACAGAAUUGAAUAAGAAGCAGAAUCUCAUAUCGAAGGUAUCCAAAAGGCUGAAGAAACAAAGGAGAGAAGCUCGCACCAACGGGCAGCAGAAUAUUCAGCAUGAUGAACAGGUGGGUGGAUACUGAGAUGUUUUGGACUACAACUCCCAUCUGCCCCAGAAUCCUAUGGCUGUGCUGGCUGGGGCUGAUGGGAGUUGUAGUCCACAGGGCACCAGGUUAGCAAAGACGGAGUUAGAUGACUGCAUUUCUCUUGUGUGGAUGGAUAAAUGUUUCGUUCUAAUGAGAAUUUUGUCAAUUAUUCAAUUUUGCAGUGUGAGAUGGGUUCACCCCUGCUUGAAUUCCCAUUUGCACCUGUUUGCAUUUUUGAGCCAACUUUUGGAGCUUGCUAUAUCAGAUCUGUAGCCUGGAAUGAGUGUCGCGAAUGUGAUGAACUCAGAAAGUUGUAGCAAAAUCACAAGAAGUAGAACUAGUGGCUUAGAAAAGCGGUUUAAAGUAAAACAUCUGUAAAAAGCAGCGUUUACCGAGUUUAAUUUGAAUAUACAUCAGAUAAAGCAUAGGUGGCUAGCUCAGCAGAAAACCAGAUUGACGUUCAUCCCAGUUCAGUGGUGAACAGCAGGUUUUCCCAGGGAAGGCAGUGGAGUGAAAGGAAAGCCUCUUGGACCCAGGCCUUGAAUGCAUGGAACAUUUCAGGGCGAAAGGAAGUGUGAAUGAGCCUUUGGAGUCCACAACAUCUGGAAGGCAACAGGUUAAUAAUAAUAAUAAUAAUAAUUUAUUAUUUAUACCCCGCCCAUCUGGCUGGGUUUCCCCAGCCGCUCUGGGCGGCUUCCAACUGAAUAUUAAAAACAAUACAGCAUUAAAAACUUCCCUAAACAGGGCCGCCUUCAGUUGUCUUUUAAAAGUAGAAUAGUUGUUCAUUACCUUGACAUCUGGGAGGGCGUUCCACAGGGCAGGCGCCACCACUGAGAAGGCCCUCUGCCUGGCUCCCUGUAACCUCACUUCUCGCAGUGAGGCAACCACCAGAAGGCCCUCAGCGCUGGACCUCAGUUUCUGGGCUGGAUGGUGGGAGUGGAGACGCUGCUUCAGGUAUACAGGACAAGUCUAGCUGCCGCAUUCUGGAUUAAUUGCAGUUUCCGGGUCACCUUCAAAGGUAGCCCCACAUAGAGCGCAUUGCAGUAGUCCAAGCAAGAGAUAACCAGAGCAUGCACCACUCUGGCGAGACAGUCCGCGGGCAGAUAGGGUCUCAGCCUGCGUACCAGAUGGAGCUGGUAAACAGCUGCCCUGGACACAGAAUUGACCUGCGCCUCCAUGGACAGCUGUGAGUCCAAAAUGACUCCCAGGCUGCGCACCUGGUCCUUCAGGGGCACAGUUACCCCAUUCAGGACCAGGGAGUCCUCCACACCAGCCCUCCCCCUGUCCCCCAAGAACAGUACUUCUGUCAUGUGAUAGGUUGGUUAUCACAUGCACUAAGUAACUGUCUUGCCGGACGAUCCUGAGACGUUCUCAAAAACGAAAGCCGACAACCUCAUUGCAGUGUUGCUGGGAGGGCUGAAGCAGAUCACAACAUUGAACACCUUGUUUGAGGGACAGAGGCAGACGAAAUCUGAGCUCACCCAGCAACUGGGGGCAAUGCACUGACCCCUGUUUGCAGGUAGAUCUGCCCAUGCCGUGAGACAUUAUUUGCACUGGUCUCUUGUAGUCCCGCGUCCUGGAAAAGCCAAGCAAGAAACUUCUCUUGAAGAAGAAGCCAUUGCAGGAAAAUACCAUUUCCAGGUAAGAGGGCGUUCCACAGGGGCGUUCCACAGGGCAGGUGCCACUACCGAGAAGGCCCUCUGCCUGGUUCCCUGUAACUUGGCUUCUCUCAGUGAGGGAACCGCCAGAAGGCCCUUGGAGCUGGACCUCAGUGUCCGGGCAGAACGAUGGGGGUGGAGGCGCUCCUUCAGGUCUACUGGACCGAGGCCGUCUAGGGCUUUAAAAGUCAGCACCAACACUUUGAAUUGUGCUCGGAAACGUACUGGGAGCCAAUGUAGGUCUUUCAAGACCGGUGUUAUGUGGUCUCGGUGGCCGCAUUCUGGAUUAGUUGUAGUUUCCGGGUCACCUUCAAAGGUAGCCCCACGUAGAGUGCAUUGCAGUAGUCCAAAGUAAGACCCCUAGAUCAUUUUUGUUAUCAAGGCCUGGGCUUGAUACCAAAACCUCACUUUUUCAUCCAUCCUUUUUUUAUCUUCUCUUGUUUUGCUAAAAAGCAGCCUGGAGAAGACUGCUGGGAAUUAUAUCUCAAACCAGGAAGCGGAAUUUGGAGGGAACAGUGUGAAGACAAAGAAGCCGAAAUGUCAUCAGGUAUGUUAGCCAUACGUGACAUUGGGAAAAUAGCUGAAUGUUAGCAGAGAAGUGCAAUUAUACUGCCAGCUAGUGUUGGGUAUCUCUUGUGAGGUUUGCAAAUUCACCCAAGUUUGGAAGCAAGCACACUUCUUAGUGAACAUUUGGGUGCUGGGCUGCCUUACAUAUCUCUAAUCAAAAGGGCUAGAAACUUGAUUUUCAAAUGGACGAAUGGCUGAAAGCUGAGGACCCAAGUCACUUCAAUCCUUCUGUGAGGCUGUUGCUAAAGUUUGCUUUGCUUCGCUAUGUCAGACAUCUUUUCCCCAAAACUUUGCGCGUUCUGUAAUGGUCGUCUUCCAUGAGAGGUUCAGAGGAUGGCAGAACAAGAAUGGGUCUUUUUUGUGGUGGCUCCCUGUCCGUGGAAUGCUCUCCCCUUCACCUUCAUUGGUGAAAACCAGGCGUUCUGUUGAUUAAUAUUCUGUGAUUUUAAAUGUGUAGGAGGAAGGUUAUUGCUUUGCUUUUGCUUUAUUAUGCAUUAUGUAUUUUUCUGUUGUGAACCACCCUGGGAUCAGAAUCUUCAGAUGAAGGGUGAUAUAAAAAUCUAAAUAAUAAUAAUAAUAAUGAUGAUGAUGUUUUAUUUCAGGACAAGGCUGACUUCACCCCAUCCAAAACACCCUGGGAAGAGGAAGAAAGCUCAUCAAAGUGAAUAGGCAUUUUCUGUUCAUUCCGGGGCGUUUACACACUAUGUGAUUAUCUGCAAGGUGUCGCUGGAGGUAUAAAUGAAAAUCAGGCUUUGAUGAUGAUGGUAAUGAUAAUAAUAAUAAUAAAAAUUCUACCCCCACCCAUCGGGCUGGGUUUCCUCAGCCACUCUGGGCGGCUUUCACCAGAACAUUAAAAACAGAAUAAAACAUCAAACAUUAAAAACUUCCCUAAACAGAGCUGCCUUCAGAUGUCUUCUAAAAGUCGGAUAGUUGAUUAUUUCCUUGACAUCUGCUGGGAGGGCGUUCCACAGGGUGGGAAAGCUACUAUCACUGGAUUAAGCCCAUCAGUUCUUGUUGAAUUAAUUAAACUACAUAGUUUUAAUUGGAUUUUUUUUGGGGGGGGGGAGUGCAAUUAAUUGUUUCUGUUUUGAAUUCUAUUAUUACCUUUUUCGGUGGUUUGUGCAAGACUUCUAUUCUCAAUACUGCUCUUUAUAGGGCAGGAAGCUGAACGCAUUUAAUUCCGCUUGUGAUACAGCUGUAAGGUUAUGGGGCAGCAGUGGGGGUGCUGGGGACAGCAGACCCAAGGCCUGGGAUUUAUUGCAGAUUAAUCCAACUUCAGUUUUUAAUUAAAUGGUUCCAUCAGUUUUGAAAGCCUCUUUUCUAGUUUCCAGAGCCAGGCCUGUAUUUAAUGACCCGUUUUUAAAGAGCCUCAGCAAGGUGGACUCAUUCUGUGUGUCUUCUAUGUGCUGGCAAAACUAGCAGCCUGCUUCGAGCACCAUAAUAAUAAUAAUAAUAAUAAUAAUAAUAAUAAUAAUAAUAAUAAUAAUUUUUAUUUAUAUCCCGCCCUCCCCAGCCAAAGCCAGGGUCGGAGUGGCUAACAACAGUAAAAGUAACACAGUUUACAUAAAAUCACAAUCUAUUAAUUGAAAUACAUUCUAAAAUCAAUUCAGAGUCAAAUUAAAGGCAACCAUUGGGUUCUAUGAGGAACCAUUGUUCUAUGAGGAUGACAGAAGGAGGGGGUCAGACUGUGCCUUGGCCAAAGGCCUGGUGGAACAGCUCUGUCUUGCAGGCCCUGCGGAAAUAUGUCAAGUCCCGCAGGGCCCUAGUCUCCUGUGACAGAGCGUUCCACCAGAUCGGGGCCACGACCGAAAAAGCCCUGGCUCUGGUUAUGGCCAGCCUAACCUCCCUGUGGCCCGGGACCUCCAAGAUGUUUUUAUUUGAAGACCGUAAGGUCCUCCGUGGGAGGGAGAGGCGGUCCUGUAGGUACGAGGGUCUUAGGCCGUAUAGGGCUUUAAAGGUUAAAACCAGCACCUUAAACCUGAUCCUGUACUCCACCGGGAGCCAGUGCAGCUGGUAUAGCACCGGGUGAAUGUGAUCCCGCGGCGAGGACCCCGUAAGGAGUCUCGCCGCGGCAUUCUGCACCCGCUGGAGUUACUGGGUUAGUCUCAAGGGCAGCCCCACAUAGAGUGAGUUACAAUAAUCCAGUUUGGAGGUGACCGUCACGUGGAUCACAGAGGCUAGGUCAGGGCGAGAGAGGUAAGGAGCCAAUUGCUUAGCUUGGCGGAGACGAAAAAAUGCCGCCUUUGUUAUAGCUGCAAUCUAUAUUGACGUUAUCCGCUCAAAUCAACAGAGCGAUGCAGCAAGACGCUGCUGGAAAUGUGUUUAAAAUGUGUGGAAUUCCGCCUGGAAAGGUGGACAGGGGGUGGGAACUGUGGGCUGACCCACAGGUCUGCUUCCUGGGUCCAGAGGUGUCCCUUCCGAGUGACCGCAAGGGCCUCCGUGUCAGCCAUUCCACGGAGAGAUGGACGGAACGAAGCGGACUGGAAGUCGGCUUGGACCAAAGGGCAGGGAUGCUGCGGUUGCUAGGCAACCACUGUGCUCUCCUUUCUCCCACCAUCACUGUGGCUCUGACUCCGCCACAGAGGGCUCCUUGUUAGAAAAUGGAGUCAGUCCCACUUCACGCUUCCCCAGUGGCAAGUAUCGCCAAAGGGGAUGUGGGCAUCUGGGCACCCCGGCUGGCGCUCCCUAAUCCCGAGGGCCAGACUUGCUGGUGGCAAAAUUGCCCUAGGGCUGCCUUUGUCAGCCUGGCAAUCUCCAGGCCUUUCGUACUACAACUCCCACGGGAGUUGUAGUCUGAAACCUCUGGAGGACACCAGGUUGGCCAAGGCUAGUAUGAAAUCCCCUAGCCUGGUAUGAAAUCUUUUGGGGACUUGACAUCUUUCCGCAGGGCCUGCAAGACACAGCUGUUCCGCCUGGCCUUUGGUUUGGGCUCAAUCUGACCCUUAUUUUUUCCCUCCCCUUAUGGUUUUGAUCUAUGGGCUACUUUUAAAAUGAGGCUGUAUUUUAAAUUGCAUUUUAACCUGUAUUUUAAAUUGUCCCCCCCCCUUAUGUUUUUAUUGUAAUUUUACUGGUGUUAGCCGCACUGAGCCCGGCUCUGGCUGGGGAGGGCGGGGUAUACCGGUAAAUAAAUUAUUAUUAUUCUUAUUAGUGUGUUGUCUUGAAACCUUUCUUCUGUUGAACUGUAGAUUGUGUAAUGCAUGGGUAGGCAAACUAAGGCCCAGGGGCCGGAUCCGGCCCAAUUGCCUUCUAAAUCCGGCCCGUGGAUGGUCCAGGAAUCAGCGUGUGUCCUUUUAUUUAAAAUGCAUCUCUGGGUUAUUUGUGGGGCAUAGGAAUUCGUUCUUUUUUCUUCUUCAAAAUAAUCUGGCCCUCCACAAGGUCUGAGGGACAGUGGACUGGCCCCCUGAUGAAAAAGUUUGCUGACCCCUGGUGUAAUGCUACUGAAACGCACCUAGCGCCAUGUCUUAACGGGGGCAACCUUGGGUUUUUCUCUUUUUCCAGAGGCCUGGAGAGUGCCAUGGACUUUGUGACAGAGGGUAACAGCCACGGCGUUCCUCAUCUGAGGUAAAGUUGUGAUAAGGGAUUUCGGGAGCUCAGGGAGAGAGGCAUACAGGGGAUGACACAAUGCUCACCAAUAAAAAUAUAUAAGCACUUAGAAAGAGCAGCACUUUUUAAAGAAGUGCUUUGUGCACAUGUAGCAAAGGGGGGGGGGAGGAAAUCACUUAAUAGAUUUAUUAAACCCAAGGAGAGUGCAAGCUUUGGAUUUAAAAAGACGUCUUUGUUGGACCUGUUGUGCUUAGGGAAAAUAAAUAAGAGCAGAGAUUGGAACCUAAUGCUUUAAACUUUGGUGCCUUGUUUACUACAUCAUGCUAACUUCCAUUUUUUGUUAUUUUUAAUUUUUUAUUUGGUUUCCCCCAUUAAUGUUUAUGUUCAAAAUCACAAAUAAAACAAAUACACAAGAUUCUCUCGAAUCAUUAGAUUUCCCUCCACCUCUCCAUGGGUUCCGUACUUUUCCUUUUCUGCUUAUUUGAUUAUCCAUUAUAUCCAAAGCCUUGGUUACAAGUGUUAUUUAAGUCUUCCUAAAGAGUUCAGUUGUUUACAGUGGUUUCCCAAAUAUCAUAAAAAUCCCGCCCAUUCUUUGCUGAAGUUUUGACCUUCCCGAUUUCUGAUUUCCCCGGUCAUUUUUGCCACCUCUGCAUAGUCCGUCAACUUGGUCUGCCAUUCCACUCUGGUAGGAACAUCGUGGUGGAAGAGCUUUCGGGUAUGUUGAAGGGGUUGCCUGCCCAGCAAGACCCUCACUGGAAGAUGCAGCACAGAAUCAUAGAAUUGCAGAGUAGGAAGGGACCCUGAGGGUCAUCCAGUCCAACCCGCUGCAAUGUAGGAAUCUCAAUUAAGGCAGGCUGGUUUAACCAUCGCCUGUGCUGUGUUUGCAUUUCAGAGAAGAGCCCUUGGCCAAGAAGGUUAGGCUGGGAGCAGAGGAACGGCUGCCCGCAUCCAGGGACGAAAAUAAGGCAGUGAGUAGCAUGGGGUUUUCUACAACAACAUUUCACACCUAAGUUUCUUUAUAAUAAUAUUAAUAAUAUUUUAUUUAUAUCCCGUCCUCCCCAGCUGAAGCUGGGCUCAGAGCGGCCAACAACAAUAAAAGCAACACAGUUAACAUAAAAUCACAAUCAGUCAAUUGAAAUGCAUUCUAAAAUCAAUUCAUUCUAAAAUCAAUUCAAAAUCAAAUCAAUGGAAACCAUUGGGCUAGAGUUCUGUGAGGAUUACCAAAGGAGGGGGUCAGGCUGUGCCUUGGCCAAAGGCCUGGAGGAACAGCUCUGUCUUGCAGGCUCUGCGGAAAGAUGUCAAGUCCCGCAGGACCCUAGUCUCUUGUGACAGAGCGUUCCACCAGAUCGGGGCCACCAUAUGGUCCACCGUGGGACAUACUAGGAGAGGCGGUCCCAUAGGUACGAGGGUCCUAGGCCACCUAGGGCUUUAAAGGUUAAAACCAGCACCUUGAACCUGAUCCUGUACUCCACCGGGAGCCAGUGCAGCUGGUAUAGCACCGGGUGAAUGUGAUCUCGCGACGAGGACCCUGUAAGGAGUCUUGCCGUGGCAUUCUGCACCCGCUGGAGUUUCUGGGUCAGCUUCAAGGGCAGCCCCAUGUAGAGUGAGUUACAAUAAUCAAGUUUGGAGGUGACCGUUGCGUGGAUCACAGUCACACUAUGCGAGAAUGUAGCAGGGGUCUUGCAGAUCAAACCAAAGUUCCGUCUAGUCCAGCAGAUCUUGAAAGCAGGAGCCGCCCAGCGUUUUUUGUCCCCCAGCAACUGACAUUCAGGGGUAUUCUGCCUCUGAUUGUGGAGGCUCCACAAUAGCCAUCAGUAGUAGAUCCCUCAGCUCCAUGAGAUGAGCUUUUGACGAACACCGUUCUUUUCUUUUGAAUAUUUUUUUUAUUAGGUUUUCUAAAUGAGGAUCAAUGAAUAGGCCAAGUCUUUUCACGUCAUUUGUAUAUCACAAAAACAGCACAAUAAAUCUGCAGGUGUGACUGAUACAUUUUAGGGCUGGGUGAUAUAUCAACAUAUCGUCCAAAACUGGUUUGAAGUCCAAAUCUUGAUAUCGGUUUCAUAAUUUUUGACCUGGUGAUAUAUUGCGAAUCAUGAUGCAUGUGUGCUAUGCAAAAAUCACGAUGCGGGGAAAACCGCGAUGUCAGCUGAUGCCUCUGUAUAGCUCCAUCCUUAUUUCGGACAUCGUGAUAUAUUGGCAUAUCACGAUGUUUAAGCUGGUGAUAUACAUCACAAAGUUGAAAACCGGAUAUCGCCCAGCAAAGUAAUUAUGCAUUGUGUGAAAAAGGACUUUCUAAUGCAGUCAUACCUUGGUUGUUGAAUGCCUUGGUACUCAGACGUUUUGGCUUUGCGAAUGUUUUUCGGAGGCCAAACGUCCUCCGCAGCUUCUGAUUGUGCACAGGAAGCUCCUGCAGCCAAUCAGAAGCUGCGCCUUGGUUUUUGAACCGUUUUGGGCGUCGAACAGACUCCCAGAAUGGAUUAAGUUUGACAACCAAGGUACGACUGUAUAUGCCUUGCGUUGCAUUGAGUUUUGGGGAGAGAAGGAACAAACUAUCUCCCUAUCUGCUGUCUCCAAACUGCAAGAUUUUUUAAAAACUUGCCUGUAUGCUUCCAAGCCUACCUUUGAGGCCCUAAGGAGUGUGGUGGAGUCUCCUUCUUUGGAGGUCUUUAAGCAGAGGCUUGACAACCAUAUGUCAGGAGUGCUCUGAUGGUGUUUCCUGCUUGGCAGGGGGUUGGACUCGAUGGCCCUUGUGGUCUCUUCCAACUCUAUAAUUCUAUGAUUCUAUGAUUCUAAGUUCCAGAGAAGCAUGUUUGCGUGUUUUAACUGUAAAGAGAUGAAAAUCUCAAGGCGGCCAAUUUUCCUUCCCGAUUCUUCUUGUGGUUGCAGUCGCAGGACAUCCGCACGGCUUUUCUUGUGGCAAACUCUUUCCCUGUUUUUCAUUUUGGACAGGUCACAAGGCGGCAGGUGGAGAACACGCCGCUCUGCUUGGAAACGGGCAGCCCCUCAGCGGAGGAAAGGAAGAGGAGGAAGGAGAGGAAAGUCUCUGGUGUGAAAGCGGAGACCGAGGAGGUGGGAGAGAGUCCAGGAAGCCCCAGCAAAGCGAGGGCUCCGGAGCAGGGGAACUUGAACGGAGCAAAGGGAGUGGAGGAAAAGGUGGAGAGGGACGAGGAGGAAGGAGAGGGUGCAGGCGAAAGGGAGAAGAGCGAGGUGAAGACCGAGCAAGAGUCGGAUAAAGAGAUUGAGGUGCAAAAAGAGGGGGAGGCCAGGAGGAAGAAGGUCCAGGGGGAAGAGGCCUCGGAGGACGGCAUGAGGGGAAAGACGGCUAAUAAAGGCCGGAAAAAAGGAGCCACCUCCAAACCUGGGGGUUUGGGAGGCUCCAGGAAGAGGAAAGCGAAGGAGGAGGAUGGAGGCGCGAGGAAGAAAAGGAAGAAGGAGGAGGAAUGCGGGAAAGAGGACAAGUGGAAGUGGUACGUGCUGCGUUCGGUUUGGGGUCUUUGCCAAUACUAUUUUUGAAAUUGAUUUUAUAAAUUUCAACCCAAUUAUGCAGAUUAUUUCCAAAUUUUGUUUAGGUGACGUCUUUCUGAUGUGAACUGUGUUUGCUGAUGCUUAUUUACUUCUGGUUACUUUCCAUUUUGCAAAAACGAUUGCUCAGUCAUCAGCUGCACUCUUGUUGUUUAGUCGUUUAGUCGUGUCCGACUUUUCAUGACCCCAUGGACCAGAGCACGCCAGGCACUUCUGUCUUCCACUGCCUCCCACAGUUUGGUCAAACUCAUGCUGGUAGCUUCGAGAACACUGUCCAACCAUCUCGUCCUCUGUCCUCCCCUUCUACUUGUGCCCUCCAUCUUUCCCAACAUCAGGGUCUUUUCCAAGGAGUCUUCUCUUCUCAUGAGGCGGCCAAAGUCUUGGAGCCUCAGCUUCACGAUCUGUCCUUCCAGGGAGCACUCAGGGUUGAUUUCCUUCAGAAUGGAGAGGUUUGAUCUUCUUGCAGUCCAUGGGACUCUCAAGAGUCUCCUCCAGCACCAGAAUUCAAAAGCAUCCAUUCUUCGGUGAUCAGCCUUCUUUAUGGUCCAGCUCUCACUUCCAUACAUCACUACUGGGAAAACCAUAGCUUUAACUAUACGGACCUUUGUUGGCAAGUUGAUGUCUCUGCUUUUUAAGAUGCUGUCUAGGUUUGUCAUUGCUGAACUCUUACUGAGUUCUAUUCGUGUUAUUAUGGUGGGACGUGGGUGGCGCUGUGGUCUAAACCACUGAGCCUCUUGGGCUUGCCGAUUGGAAGGUCGGCGGUUUGAAUCCCUGCAACAGGGUGAGCUCCCGUUGCUCUGUCCCAGCUCCUGCCAACUUAGCAGUUCGAAAGCAUGCCAGUGCAAAUAAAUAGGUACCACUGCGGCAGGAAGAUAAACUGCGUUUCCGUGCGUUCUGGCACUUGUCACGGUCCUCAGUGCGUCAGAAGUGGUUUAGUCCUGCUGGCCACAUGACCCGGAAAGCUCUCUGUGGACAAAUGCAGGCUCCCUCGGCCUGAAAGCAAGAUGAGCACCACAACCCCAUAGUCGCCUUUGACUGGACUUAACUGUCCAGGGGUCCUUUACCUUUACCUAUUCGCGUUAUUGCAUUAUUUAACCUUUUUGUAAAACAUCAAGUGACGAUACAGUAGUCCUUUUCUUUUCUGUCUGUGUGCGUCGGGGGUCUGAGUCCAGUUGCGGGCUUCGUUGGCUUAGUGGGUCCACCGCUGCUGAUCUCUUCCUCCGAUGGAUUUCCAACAAUGGAUUUCCAACCCUUGGAUGGCAUCAGGCUGGGGUCUGAGAGAGGCCAGGGAUGCUGCUGCAAAGCGAUGGGUCGGUUGGGAAAGGCUCAGGAAAGGGCAGCCCAAGCGAUCGAGGUGAUGGAACGGCUCCCCAGUGAAGAAAGGUUACGCCGUUUCGGAUUUUUUAACUUAGAGAAAAAGCGAGUGAGAGGCAAUAGAAGUUUAUAAAAUGAUAUACAGUGGUACCUCUGGAUAUGAACGGGAUCCAUUCCGGAGCCCUGUUCGCAUCCUGAUGCGAACACAACCCGCGUCUGCGUAUGUGCAGGUCGCGAUUCGCUGCUUCCGCGCAUGCACGUGACGUCAUUUUGACCGUCUGUGCAUGCGCGAGCGGCGAAACCCGGAAGUAACGUGUUCAGUUACUUCCGGGUUGCCGCGGAGCGCAACCCGAAAACGCUCAACCUGAAGCAACUUCAACCCGAGGUAUGGCUGUAUGGCAUGAAGAGAACAGAUAGAAGUUUCUCUCUCUCUCGAACUCAUGGACAUGCAAUGAAUGUUGGACAAUUCAGGACAGAUGGAAGAAAGUGCUUCUUCAGCAAUGCAUCUGAACCCCAGUUGCUGGAAACCACAGCAAGAGGGGAGAGAUGCUUUUGCGUUCGAAUCCUGCUUCCGGGUUUCCCAUCUGGUUGGCCCCUGUGAGAACAGGAUGCUGGACCAGAUGGGACACUGGCCUGAUCCAGUAGAUCUCUUCUUAGGUUCUUAUGAGAGAUGGGUAUUUGGGGAGCCAGGGAUGCAUUUGGGUGCUAACAUUUGGCCGGACAGGACGGCGGGUGGUUUAGUGAGUCCUGGGCUUGCUGGGCUCUGGGGGAGAUGGGAUAGGCUGCGGGGGGAGAGAAAAACAGGAUUUAGAAAAGUUUCAUUCAAACUUGGUCAGAAAAGUCAGUGUGAUUGUUGACAUUUGAGAAGCUCGACUCCUUCGCCAGAUCCCAUGAGUGAGGAAGCAGAAAGGAUAGUGGGGAACAUUUCUGGAGGGCAGCCUGCUAUCCAUCAAUAUCCUCAAAGUCAUCCUUCUCAUUUUAUACAAGGAAGUUGGCCCUCCAAUCCUCACAUGCUCAGAGGAACUCUUGGUACUGCAGAGAAGUUGCAGAGUUUCCUUAGCUGCAGAGUUAUAGUUUGCAUAUGUACGUAUUGGAUAGGUGCAUCAAGACUUAUUUGCAUGGACGCACUGAAUUCUUUAUUUUUUAUAUUUUCAAACAUACAAAUACAUACAUAAUUAACUAAUACAUCCAUUGAUAGCUUCUGGGGGGGGAAUCAAAUAUUAUCAAAAAAUGAAAAACUAUACAUCUCGACGUAUUCAAAAAGAAAAGAGAAAAGAGAAAAAUAAAGACAAGACUAAGACAAUAACAAAAAUUUUACAUAUGUAUUUUCUAUUAGAUACUAAUUGACACGAUUCAGUCCUAUAGUAGCAUUUCUCAUAAGUAAUACCUUUCCAAAUGGAAUGAAUUUCCUUAUGUAUUUUACUUGUUAUAGACUUCCAUCUACCUCGUAAUGGUUCAUCUUACCUUUCAAAAAGAGAUAUUCCCCUGUAUUUUAUGUUUUAUCCUCAUCUUGGUAUGAGGAAGCAAUGUAUCCCCAUUUACAGAAUUAUUCAAGGCACAACCAAAUCUUAGUAGUAGGACCUUGUUUCAUUAAGUACUGAAUUCUUAGCUUUCCUGUUGAAUGCAUGUACAUCCAUACCUCUUGUUACGUCCGCUUCAUGUUACGUUCUUUCAGGAUAUGUCCCACGGUGACCCGGAAGUACCGGAAAGGGUUACUUCCGGGUUUCGCCGCUUGCACAUGCGCAGAUGCACAAAAUGACAUCAUGCGCAUUUGCAGAAGUGGUGAAUCGCGACCUGCGCAUGCACAGAUGCGGGUUGCAUUCUUUUCAGGUUGCGAACGGGCCUCCGGAACGGAUCCCGUUCACAACCAGAGGUACCACUGUAGUAUUUUUCUGGAAUUCUUAUUAAGAUGCACAACAAACCUUUGAGCCAGUCCAUCACGUAUAUAUAUCUCCCCCAACCACUGUUAAACUAAACUGGCAUUGCCGAUAUCUUUAAAAAGCCUGUAUUUUAUUUUAGAGCUUUUCACAUCCAGUCACCCCCCCCCACAUCAGCCUAUAUCACUGUCCCACUAAACCUUUAUCUGUUUUAUCAAUAAUGCUAACUGAUGUAGGGCUCUCAGAGCAACAGCAAGACUUGGUUAGCCCUGCAUCUCUGAGCAAAGAAUCCACAAAGCUUUUCCACGUUCAUAGAAAGGUAAAGGACCCCUGACAGUUAAGUCCAGUCGCGGACGACUCUGGGGUUGCGGAGCUCAUCUCGCUUUCAGGCUGAGGGAGCUGGCAUUUGUCCGCAGACAGCUUCCGGGUCAUGUGGCCAGCACGACUAAGCCGCUUCUGGCAAACCAGAGCAGCACACGGAAACGCCGUUUACCUUCCUGCCAGAGUGGUACCUAUUUAUCUACUUGCACUUUGACGUGCUUUCGAACUGCUAGGUUGGCAGGAGCAGGGACCGAGCAAUGGGAGCUCACCCCGUUGCGGGGAUUUGAACUGCCGACCUUCUGAUCGGCAAGUCCUAGGCUCUGUGGUUUAACCCACAGCGCCACACCCGCAUCCUUGAUAUGUUCUAUAUACUGUGGCUUAAAUCUAUUUGCCCACUAGGUGUCAGCAUAAAGCAUUCAUUUCAUGUUCUCAGAUUUCACAGAAGCACAUAAGUUGUCUUACAAUCAGCAUCUUGAAUCAUCAUCAAAUUGUAGAGUUGGAAGGGCCCCCCGAAGGUCCUCUAGCCCAACCCCCUGUGAUGCAGGAAUCCUAAAGAAUCCCUGUGUUAUGGAAAUUACCGGGGAGGGGGCACAUCUUUAAAGUUGUUAAAUGUCACAAAUAUUAUGUCUGAAUGUAUCCUUUCAACUUGACAGCUCAGGGAAGUUACAUAGCUUUAAAAAUGAUAUAAAAUCAACUCCUUUGCCAGUUUCCUCCAUUUCAAAGCUAUUUUCCCCUUGAAAAAAGGACUCCGGGAAGUUUCCAGAGGUGACAAUUGCUGAGCUGAUUAUUGGCCAAGGAAAGCCUAAUCCCACCACCAGACUUGCCAAGGGGUCCACACAUGCAAAGGAAGUUCUAUUGUACUUUGGGUGGUGGGACUUCAGAGGUGUUUGCCUCUGGUAAUCUUAUACCUGGGUCUUGCCCUGACAUGUCUGCUUAUGCUAAUCUUGUACCAAGGACUUGUCUGGACGUUUGCCAAGGUUAACCCCUCCCCUUUUGUGACAUGUCAGUGAUGUAGCAAUGAUGCUGUACGAACUGUAUUCUGGAAUAUGGUGGGGAAGUUUUAAAAGUCACCCCAUCCUCGGGGUUCAAAAUUCCUCUUUGAACCUGUUGCGCAAUAAACUUUGGUCUACAGCUAUUUGCUCCGGUUGGUGGCUGGACUCCUUCCUUUAUUCCGCAGGGACCCGCGGGCUCUGCCCGACCAGCUGGGUGACUGAGCAGCCUCGCACCUAGAUUUUUCCGUAACAUCCAGCCUCUGCUUAAAAACCUCCAAGGAAGAACAGCCCAUCACUUUCCACUGCCAAAUAGCUCUUACAUUCAGACAGUUCUUCCUAAUGUUUAGUCACAAUCUCCUUUCUUGGUUUUUUUAUCCAUCAGUUUGGGUCCUGCCCUCUGGAGCAGGAGAAGACAAGCUUACUCCAUCUUAAUUUCAGGGUUGUGCGUCCAAGCCCCAUGUUGGGCAAAAGAUUCCUGCAUUACGGGGGGCGGGGUUGGACUAGAUGAUCCUUGCGGGUCCCUUCCAACUCUGUGAGUCUGUUAUCAUCAAACAUUUAUAGUUUUAGAUUUAGAAGUUUGGAUUGGAUUGAUUGACUGAUUGAUUGAUAGGCUGGGGCUGAAAUCCUACAGGCACUUACUUGAGAGUAGUAAGCCCUUUUGCACCCAGUGGAACUUACUUCUGAGUAAGCUUCCAACCAAGUCAGUUGCUGACUUUGUACUCGUACUUGCUAAGAUUAGGCCUGCCAUAUGUCUUUUUUAAAAAAAAUAAUUUAAAUUGAUUUUUCCAUAUUUAAUUACAUUUCAUUGCACAGAUCUAUAACAUAAAGCAUUGCUCCAACAAGAGCAUCGACUUCCCUCCCUCCCUCUUUCUGACUUCCCAACAUCUUUUAACAAAUUCUUCCCAUUUCUAUAGCAAGUUUUUUACCUUAUAUCGUCUUCUUAUUUUUUAAAUCACCUCCUUAUAUGUAAAUCAGUUCCAUAUUUUCUCAUCACAAAGCAUUUCAAUUCAAACCUACAAACGUUUUCAAAUGUUUACAAUUUUCUUUCAUAUAAAAUAUAAAUUUGCUCCAGUCCUUCUGAAACAGUUCGUCUCGCCGAUUCCGGAUCUUCCCCAUCAGCUUUGCCAUCUCCACAUAUUCUACCAUCUUUAUCUGCCGUUCCUCCAGUGUAGGAAGUUCCUGCUGCUUCCAUUUCUGGGCCAGGAGUAUCCUUUAGGCUUGCCAUAUGUCAGGAAAAUUCUCAACAACGCGGUGUAAAAAGCAGCAGAAGCAGCUGAAAAGUCUUAAAACCACUAUUUUUGGGUUAGGUUCCCCCCCUUCAAAAAAACCCCUAGCUAAGACCCCACUUUUGUUGAGAUCAGGUCACUUAUUUAAAUAGUAUUAAUGCAAGAUUUCUCAAAUGUUUCCUUCUGUACUGUGCAAAAACAAACAAAGAAAAAUACCUAUAAAGACAAUUACAAACCAACUUAAUUAAAAACUUUUUUUCCAAAAUAAUAUUUUAAGAAAAAGAAACGUAACUGGCAUUGCGCAUAGUAGAUGGGAGUUGGAGUCUAAAAACAUCUGCCAGAGCAUCUUCUUAGAGAAGGCUGGGUCACCAAACUUCUCCACCAAAAAUCCUCCCAAACUAGCAAGCAACCCUCUAAUGUUGCUCCUGUCUCUUUAAAUGAAUCUGGCGGGUAGGAAAGUCUGCCUAGCAACCGCUUUGCUUGCGUCACGUGGCGAGCUAGGCAGAUGUUAAGCGCCCGGAACUACAUUUCCCAUCAUCCCUCAGCGCUCUGGCAUUGUGGGUAGCCAGGACUGCUGAUCAAAACAUGCCUGCCUUUUUAUUAUUUAAUAAAAAGAGUGCAUUGUUGUCCUUAAUGAUUAUGAUGAUUAUUUUGGAAAGCAUGCAUGGAAACACAUGCAUUUAAUUUUUGCUGCUUUUGUAACUCUUGUCUUAAGAGGGCUGGGGGGAGAGCAAAGCAGUUCCAGGUGGAAGGUCGUGCAGGAGUGACACACAGCUGUUGCCAUGUGGCUGGGCUGCGGGAUGCGCUGCAAGAUCUUCUUAGCAGGCAAGGAGGCAUAGCAGGAUCAGGCUUUAGCAGAUUUGACAUGCCCGGCAUCCUGGAAUGCUUAAGCAUGUGCUUACACUGGCUCCAUGGGCAUCAUGCCCAUUCCAUGCCCAGAUCCCUCCAGCAGCCCUCCAACGCGUCCUGACAUUUAAUGCCAUGCGGUUUCACGCAGCGUGCAGGAAUGCGAAGACCUCGAGGAUCAGGUAUGAGAGAUUUGCAGCAGCAGCAGCAAUAAUAAUAAUAAUAAUAAUAAUAAUAAUUAACUGCAAUAAUGGCCUCGCAGAAUAAGAGGAAACUCGGCACUCAGAAAGCAAGCAAAGAAGGGGCAAUAUCUAAAGAAUAUUUAAAACGGUGCUGUGAAAAAUGCAAAUCUCCUGGCAGGUGUAGACUGAAUCUUGAACGUUAAAGGGAAUCGUAAACGUAAAAAUUGUUCCCGGUAUGUAAUAGAUAUAAUAGGAAGUGUGUAUAGGAAUAGAGUACAUAUAUUUAGAAAGCACAAUGAGGUGAUUCGGAAGUCAAAGAUAUGUGUGGUGUUAGAUGAUGUGUUGUCAAUUAAUGUUUAGUUGUCAUUGUGGUAUUUUGUGUUGUAUGUUUUGCAGUAAUAAUAAUAAUAAUAAUAAACAUAAACAAACUGCAACCCCAAACCCACUUAUUUAUCACAAAGUGCCAACAUGGCAAUUUAACCUGUAUAUCUCAUUUUUUUUCUGUGUGUUUCAUGUUUCUUCUUUAUGACUGCUGUUGUAAUAAAUAGUAAUCCUUCAUUUUAAAAAAAUAGCCUCGUGCAUUUAGGGUGGAGGCGGGUGAGGAAGUUUCCUAGGAAACUAUGUUCUUGCGGGGUGUGGUUUGGGGCAAAGAUUUUUUUUAAAAAAUCAUUUUAUAACGUAUAUUUUUUUCAUCUCGUGAAAUUUAUGUAUGGCUUGGUUGUGUUGUGGGGGGAGGAAACCCUCCAAGCAGGUUGCAAAAGGAUAACACAGUAAAAAUGUACGACAUAAUUUAACAGAAAGCUAAAAGCACCACAGAAUAGACUGGGUAGAAUUCCUGUGUUGAUUCCUGUGUUUCUGGGGGUUGGACUAGAUGACUCUUAGGAUCCCCUUCAAACUCUACAAAUUCAUGAAAAUAUAACUCAUACGAGCUUUGCAAUGCUUUGUUUCGUUCUUUUAUAUUUGAUGGAAGCUGGGUAACCCAGUCAGAUGGACGGGGUACAACAAAUUAUUAAUAUUAAUAUUUAUAUUUAUUACCUCUCCGGAACUUGUCACUGAUUUUUUGGGAGCUUCUAUAAUUGACUUUUAUUUUUCUUACUUGACCAUCCAGUCCUAUUCUCACAGUGGCCAAACAGGUCUAAUUUCAUUUUGCAUUCUCUCAAAGGAGUCCAUCACAACAAGCUGUGCAGCUGCAAAACAAUACGAUUAAAAAUAAAACCUGUUAACUAAAGCUGUAAAGUACAUCUGAAAACAGUGAAAAGUAGAGACAUACACACUUGAUUGCUUCCAGGUUACCAGGGACAUUGUCUCUCAGCCUUUAGAUGCCUGGGUGGCCAGGAGAGUUUUAAAAUUCCUCUUCAGUGUUAAUGAUGAGGAUAGACAAGUGCUCGUGCCCCGCAAGGGCAUUCCAGAAAGAGGGAGCCACCUCAAAGAAGGCCCUGCCAUGGGCAACAGGGCAGCCAUUGCAAACUUUGUAAAUUUCACAUUUUGCAAACAAGUUCUCUAUUGCAUGAGUAACUAAAAUGAUGGCUUCAUCCGUGGAAAUGAAAUAAAGAUAAAUAAAAUAAUGGGCCCAUCCGUUGGCACUUUGGAAAUAAAUAACAUUUGGUGGUAGAUUUGGAAAAUAAAAUAAGAUAAUGGGUCCAUUGUUUUAUUUGGAGAUAAUAAUAAUAAUUAUUAUUUAUUAUUUGUACCUCGCCCAUCUGGCUGGGUUUCCUCAGCCACUCUGGACUGCUUCCAACAAAAAUUAAAAAUACAUUAAAAUGUCACACAUCAAACCUUCCCUGAACAGGCCUUCAGAUGCCUUCUAAAUGUCAGGUAGUUGUUUAUUUCUUUGACAUCUCAUGAGAGGGCGUUCCACAGGGUGGGCGCCACCACCAAGAAGGCCCUCUGCCUGGUUCCCUAUAACUUGGCUUCUCGCAGUGAGGGAUCCGCCACAAGGCCCUCGGCGCUGGACCUCAGUCUCCAGGCAGAACGAUGGGGGUGGAGAUGCUCCUUCAGGUAUACUUGGCCGAGGCCAUUUAGGGCUUUAAAGGUCAGCACCAACACUUUGAAUUGUGUAAUGGGUCCGUAAUAAUGGUCUGCAGUCUCAAAUGAUGGCUCUGUAAGAAUGGGACCAUUAAAUUUAGGAUAUAAAUAAAAUAAUGAGUCUACCCGUCUGUAGGAAAGCCUGGGCUGAGCUUAACUCUUGCAUCUUUCCCUAAAAUAAAAUAAAUAAUAAUAAUCAGAUUUUCAAAUACGAGAAACAAAUCCGUCCGAGUUAACUUUGAGCAGAAAGGGGAAAUGUCAUCCUUGGUUCUUUGUCCUCUUUUGCUCUCGCCAGGUGGGAAGAGGAACAGCAUGCGAACGGCGUGAAGUGGCAGCAGCUGGAGCACAGGGGUCCGUACUUUGCGCCGCCCUACGAACGGCUGCCGCGUGGAGUCAGCUUCUAUUACAACGGUGGGUGGUCUUUCCUUUCAUUUUUUGGAGUGGGCUGCAAAGUCCGUGGCUUCCCUGAAGUCACCCUGAGUGACAGGGGGCUGGGAUGAGAGAAGGAGAUGGGACAACAACCCACUCAGGAUUGGUGCGACCGUGUGGUUGUGUUAGAAUUCCUGCUCCGUGGUUGCAGUCAUGGGAUUGUUGUCUUUCACAUGACGGUGUAUGUUUUGACUCCACAGAGUGGGAAGUGACGGAGACAGGAUGUUUGUGUUAGUGUGUUCCGUGAAGUGGGACUAUUGUCCUUUGUCCUUUUUCUCUUUGCAGUCUGAUGCUAGAGAGAGAGGGAGCCAUGUUGCAGUACUCUGUGUGUUUAUAUGCAAAUAAAGUAGAUUAGCCAAAAUGCUGAGUUGCUGAGGUCUGUUACGCAAGAUACGCAAACUCUGCGGGUCCCUAAGUGUGCCGAUGUCUGUUGGCAUCGGUCGCUGUGAUGUUCGGGCAGAAGAAAGCUUUUGAAGCUCCCGAAUGAAUGACCAGGAGGGAGGAACAUGCCAGUCUCGGGCAUGUGUCUCUGCCAGGGUCCUACUCGAGUGUAGGCCGAACUCCUGACAGGCUGUAGCCUGUGGCUUGAAGAGGAGGAGAGUAAGAGAAAACCUGCCAGCGAUCAGAUGCUCAUCCUUUGACCCUCUCCAAGUUAACCAAGUUGGAUAUAUUUGUUCCCUGACUGUCUGCGCUAAGCAACCCCUUAAUCUCUGGAAUUUAGGGACAUGGGGGCAACUGUGGGUUAAACCACAGAGCCUAGGACUUGCCAAUCAGAAGAACGGCGGUUCGAAUCCCCGCAACGGGGUGAGCUCCCGUUGCUCGGUCCCUGCUCCUGCCAACCUAGCAGUUCGAAAGCACAAAGUACAAGUAGAUAAAUAAGUACCGCUCCAGCGGGAAGGUAAACACCGUUUCCGUGCGCUGCUCUGGUUCGCCAGAAGCGGCUUAGUUGUGCUGGCCACAUGACCCAGAAGCUGUACGCCGGCUCCCUCGGCCAAUAAAGCGAGAUGAGCGCCGCAACCCCAGAGUCGGCCACGACUGGACCUAAUGGUCAGGGGUCUCUUUACCUUUACCUAGAUGUCCUUUUUAUUGUGCAAUCGUGACGGUUUGUGCUCAUGAUGAUAAUGGGGCGGUUAUAUGUAAUUGAUGCUGUUACCUCCUGCAAGAGUUUCGGGAUACUGCUUCCUUUUCAAUCAGUGCGCAUCCUAGAGCUCCCUGCUGAAAUCCUGCAACUUUUGGUUCCAAUAAAUGUUCCGGGUGAGGGUAUUUUUUGUAGCGCUUUGGUAGUGUCAUAGCGCAAGAUGCGCCCCCCCUCCCAAGGCGGCAAUAAUGCCGUAAUAUGGUGGAAUCGUUGCAGAGCAAAAACAGAAUGAUGUGUGGACAGUCCAGUAUAAAUCCACCAUGAAUGAUUUCAUCAAUAGCAUGUUUCAGACUGUACCUGCAAUGCCCCAACCCCCCCCCCCGACUGAAAGGGCCUUUAUUUACUGGCAUAGGCAAACCUCUAUGCUGGACAGGUUGUUGUAGGAAACAGGCAAUGGUUGAAUGGCAAGGUCUUGGGCAAACGUCAACUAAAACAAACUUAGUUUUUGGUAAAGGUUUUUCAGUCUCAACAGUUAACCACAUCUGCAGGGGGUCAUAAAAACAUAAGAAGAGUCUGCCGGAUUAGUCCAAAAGCAAAUCUGGUGCAAACAGAUGCUCUUCAGAAGCCUCUUUUAGCAUGGCAACACCUGUCCUUUGGAACUCCCUGCCUCUUGAUAAUAAUAAUAAUAAUAAAAUUUUAUUUAUAUCCCUCCCUCCCCAGCCGAAGCCGGGCUCAGAGCGGCUAACAACAAUAAAAGUAGCACAGCAUUCUAAAAUCAAUUCAUUUUAAAAUCAAUUCAAAAUCAAAUUAAUGGCAGCCAUUGGGCUAGAGUGAUGUUAGACAGGCACCCUUGCUUCACUAUUUCAAGCACCUACGGGAAACUUUUUAAAAAAAAUUAUAUUAGCAAGCCUUCCCAAACAUGUUAUUUAGUUAUCUGUAUUUGCUUUGAAAACGUUGCUGGUUUUUAUCUGUGCAUUACUUAGAAUGAUUUUAUGUACUUUGCUUAGAGAUCGGUUUUGUCUCUAGGACAAAAAAUAAAUCAACCUUUUUACAACUCAAAAGCGGAACGCAAAAUGGCUAAAACAGUUUUGUUUCUUCCUGCCGGGCCACUGUUGUUCUUUCCAGGCAAGCCUAUGAAACUCAGCCCGGCGACGGAGGAGAUAGCCACGUUCUAUGCGAAGAUGCUUGAUCACGACUACACGAGAAAGGCGAUUUUCAAGAAGAAUUUUUUCUGUGACUGGACAGAGGUAUUUGCCUGUGGCUUCCAGGGGAGGGGGGGGGCGUGGCUCAGUGGCUGAAAGACCCAGGAUCAGUGCAGGUGAGGCUGGCAACUAGAACCCUGGGAAGCUGUUGCCCGUCAGUGUAGACAAAAGAAGGCUUAAUGGGCCAGUGGGAAGCUUUUUGUGCUCCUGGUAACUGCCCCACAGGAGGUCAGUUAUGACCCAAAAGUGUCCAAGAGGGCUCAACAAGCCUUUUAAGUGGAGAUCUUUAUCUCAGUCUAUCUAUAUUGGAUUUGAAAUCUGUUUUACCUUUGUAAUCGCUUUUAAUCCUUUGUAUCUGUGGAAUUGCUUGUAAUCAUUUGUCGAUGUGGAAUCGUUUUUAUUGCUAAAUUGCUUUAAUUUAAAGGUUGAAUUUAAAUUAAAGCAAUUUAGCAAUAAAUAAAUUGAGGUUGAAUCCUGACAAGACAGAAGUACUGUUUUUGGGGGACAGGAGGCGGGCAGGUGUGGAGGAUUCCCUGGUCCUGAAUGGGGUAAAUGUGCCCUUGAAGGACAAGGUGCGCAGCCUGGGAGUCAUUUUGGACUCACAGCUGUCCAUGGAGGCACAGGUCAAAUCUGUGUCCAGGGCAGCUGUUUACCAGCUCCAUCUGGUACGCAGGCUGAGACCCUAUCUGCCUGCGGACUGCCUCACCAGAGUGGUGCAUGCUCUGGUUAUCUCCCGCUUGGAUUACUGCAAUGCGCUCUACGUGGGGCUACCUUUGAAGGUGACCCGGAAACCACAACUAAUCCAGAACGCGGCAGCUAGACUGGUGACUGGGAGCGGCCGCAGAGACCACAUAACACCGGUCUUGAAAGACCUACAUUGGCUCCCAGUACGUUUCCGAGCACAAUUCAAAGUGUUGGUGCUGACCUUUAAAGCCCUAAACGGCCUUGGUCCAGUAUAUCUGAAGGAGCGUCUCCACCCCCAUCGUUCUACCCGGACACUGAGGUCCAGCACUGAGGGCCUUCUGGCGGUUCCCUCACUGCGAGAAGCCAAGUUACAGGGAACCAGGCAGAGGGCCUUCUCGGUAGUGGCGCCUUCCCUGUGGAACACCCUCCCACCAGAUGUCAAAGAGAACAACAACUACCAGGCUUUUAGAAGACAUCUGAAGGCAGCCCUGUUUCGGGAAGCUUUUAAUGUUUGAUGUAUUAUAGUAUUUUAAUAUUUUUUUGGAAGCCGCCCAGAGUGGCCGGGGAAGCCCAGCCAGAUGGGCGGGGUAUAAAUAAUAAAUUAUUAUUAUUAUUAUUAUUAUUAAGAUGCUUUACAUGAAGUUAUUCGUAGCUGGAAUCAAAUAGGUUUAGCUGCUCUUCCUGCAUUGCAGUCUACGACUAUGUAAAAUCAAACAUUAAAUAAGUAACAGCAACGAUCAGAAAUGAGCACAAGACAGGAAGGUCCCAGGAACUUGGAAAGUCCUGGGACCAUAUACAGUGGUACCUCUGGUUGUGAACGGGAUCCGUUCUGGAAGCCCGUUCGCAACCUCAGAGGAAUGCAACCCGCGUCUGCGCAUGCGCAGGUCGCGAUUCUCCGCUUCUGCGCAUGCACGUGACAGCAUUUUGAGCGUCUGCGCAUGCCCGAGCGGCGAAACCCGGAAGUAACCCGUUCUGUUACUUCCGGAUCGCCACGGGACGCAACCUGAAAAGAUUUAACCUGAAGCGUCUUUAACCCGAGGUAUGACCGUACUUGCAUUUUACUGACAUUCUAGACACAUUUUUUGUUGUCGUCGUUGUAUCAGGCUAAUUUCCGGCCGGCCUUGAGACGUCCCUCAGAUGCAUAAGAAAAUAAUUGCAAUCUUGAUGGCUCAGAGCAAAGUAUUGUGUUUCUGGCAGUAUUCGGUCCAGUCCCUCUGGGAAUCAGGCAGGCAAGGGGAUGAGGGUGGUGAGCAGGGCCUUGUGGUUCAUCCGCCUCAACUGGUACUUUGGAGGUAGACUACCUCCAACUUGGAGGCUCCACUGAAGAGCCACUACCAGCCAUUUUGGGUGUUCCUGAGCUAGGUAAAGGUAAAAAAAAAAGUUAAAGGACCCCUGGACAUUUAAGUCCAGUCAAAUGCAACUAUGGGGUUGCAGCGCUCAUCUCGCUUUCAGGCCGAGGGAGCCGGCGUUUGUCCACAGACAGCUUUCCGGGUCAUGUGGCCGGCAGGACUAAACCUCUUCUGGUGCAACAGAACACUGUGACGAGUGCCAGAGCGCACGGAAAUGCCGUUUACCUUCCUGCCACAGUGGUAUCUAUCUAUCUACUUGCACUGGUGUGCUUUCGAACUGCUAGAUUGGCAGGAGCUGGGGCAGAGCAACAGGAGCUCACUCCAUCGUGGGGACUCGAACCGCCAACCUUCCGAUCGGCAAGCCCAAGAGGCUCCGUGGUUUAGAGCACAGCGCCACCCGCGUCCCUAGACAGACACGUGAAUCUGCGGGACGCAGCUAAUUGGGGUUCUCCGUUGGGUGAUGGCAGGCGUUAUUGACGAUAAUCUCAUGGCUCAUGUGCCUUAUUUCUUGGUGUGACAGGCAGCUUUAGAACUCAAACCUCUGCUUCCUUGAUUUCCUAUAGCAGAUGACGUCGGAGGAGAGGAAGAAGAUCAAGCAGCUUGACAAAUGCGACUUCAGAGAGAUUCACGAAUAUUUUGUGGAGAGACAGGAAGCUCAGAAAGCUCUGCCAAAGGAGGAAAAGCAGGUUCAGACGCGCCUCUGCUAGCUGAUAAAACCCAAGGCCUCCUUCACCACCAACUGCAAUCAUAGAUUUGUGAUUUCCACCUAACUUAAGGGAACAGUUUGCCCCAGAUGCACCCAUUCAACCACAUUAUUAUUAUUAUUAUUAUUAUUACUCAACCACUUUGUUCAGUGGAACUUUUGCAAGUGCCUCAAAAUGUCCGUUUUCAGGAGUUGAUCUUUUACUGUGGCAGCAUUUGGAACUCCCUGCCUCUUGACAUUGGGCAGGCUGCCUGUAUGGAUUUUGUAUUUCAGGAAGCCUUCCCAGAUAUAUAAUUUAGUUACUUAUAGUUGUUUUAAAACCUCGAUCUGCAUUUAAACCAUAAUUUAUUUUAUGCGUACAGUGGUACCUUGGUUCUCAAACUUAAUCCGUUCCAGAAGUCCGUUCCAAAACCAAAGCGUUCCAAAACCAAGGCGCGCUUUCCCAUAGAAAAUAAUGCAAAAUGGAUUAAUCUGUUCCAGACUUUUAAAAACAACCCCUAAACUAGCAGUUUAACAUGAUUUUUACUAUCUAACAAGACCAUUGAUCCAUAAAAUGAAAGCAAUAAAGCAGCGGUUCUCAACCUGUGGGUCCCCAGAGGUUGUUGGACUACAACUCCCAUCAUCCCUGAGCUCUGGCCUUGCAAACUAGGGGUGAUGGGAGUUGUAGUUCAACAACAUCUGGGGACCCACAGGAUGUGAAAUUCUGCAAUAAACAGUGUACUGCGGUCACACAAUCAGUCCACCAGUAGCUGGACUGGGUUCCACACAGUCACAAAAAAAGAGCCGCAAAAACAAAACGCAAAAUAAAUAGGAAAGAUAGACAGACCUCAGCGUAACACUCAAAACAGAAGCAUAACCUUCAAAAUGGAGCAGUUCGGCUUCUGAAAAAAGUUCGCAAACCAGAACACUUACUUCCGGGUUUGCAGUGUUUGGGUUCCAAGUUGUUUGAGAACCAAGGUACCACUGUACAUGUAUUUAAUGGCUCUGCGUUGCCUGCAGUUUGAUCAUGUGACCAGCUGAGAUACCUCUGUGACAAAGCGGUUUAUUAACUCUUUCUAACUCAUUGAAAUCAAAAUGAAUAGUCUUGCAGGUUCGGCUAUUGCACAUACGUUCAACAUGGGCUAGCCUUAGCAAACACUUGAAGGCUGUACAGUUAGUCUACCCCCAGAAGGUGGGGACAGGCUGUAAUAAUAAUAAUAAUAAUAAUAAUAAUAAUAAUAAUAAUAAUUUUAUUAUUUAUACCCCCCCAUCUUCCUCUACCAUUAUCAAAGCCUGACUUAAAACUAUCGGAAUAACACCUGGUUUCGCACAUUAAUUUACCUCUCAUUCUUAUUCCUUUUGCCCUUUUUUUAAAACCCAGAAAUUGAAAAACGAAGCAGAAAGAAUACAAGAGGAAUACGGUUACUGCACGAUUGACGGGCACCGGGAGAAGAUUGGCAACUUCAAGACGGAGCCGCCGGGUCUUUUCCGAGGCCGUGGGGACCACCCGAAGAUGGGGAGGGUCAAGAAGAGGAUAAUGCCCGAAGAUGUCAUCAUAAACUGUAGCAAGUGGGUGACUGGGUCAUAGAAGGGCGACUCUGUUUGGCUCAAAGGGGGGUUCAUCUCUUGAGGAGCAAAGACAGAGAGGCCUGUUUCAAACUUCUUUCAAUAUUGCAUUUUUUAAAUUUAUUGCUGGAACCUGCCCUGGCGAAAGUCAGGAAAGAAAUUACCGUAUUUUUCGCUCUAUAAGACGCACCAGACCACAAGAAGCACCUAGUUUUUGGAGGAGAAAAACAAGAAAAAAAAUAUUCUGAAUCUCAGAAGCCAGAACAGCAAGAGGGAUCGCUGUGCAGUGAAAGCAGCAAUCCCUCUUGCUGUUCUGGCUUCUGGGAUAGCUGUGCAGCCUGCAUUCGCUCCAUAAGACGCACACACAUUUCCCCAUACUUUUUAGGAGGGAAAAAGUGAGUCUUAUAGAGCAAAAAUACGGUAAAUAAAGGGAAUACAUAAGGAGACAUAGACCCAUGGACACAGUCCAACCCCCUGUGUCCCACUCUCAGUGGCGCCCACCCUGUGGAACCAGGGCCGUCUUUACCUGGGGGUGCAAGGGGUGCGGGGCACCCAGGCACCAGAUUCUGGGGGGGGGGGGUGCCCCUCAAUCGGCGGCAGUGAAAAGCAAUGGAGCAAAAGUUCCCGCCCUCCUCCUCCAUUGCUCUGUUACUCCGUAGUGUCAAAUAUUCCCUACGAGUCAGGAAACAAAAGCAGCCUUUUCCGCUGCGUCAAUGUUACAGGUGAGUGAUCUUUGGCUUUCCCCCUCCUUUAUUGGAAGGAGAAAAAUAACAAUUCCCUUAAUAACAAUUUAAACAAUUUAUUUAACUAAAACAAUAACAUUAUAGCAUAUGUAUCCAUGGUUGUAAACUGAUGUGGUUAAACUUUUUUUUUUUAAAACUUAGACUGAGUUUUAGCACACAUGAAAAAUUUAAAACAAAUCCUUAUUUCCUGAUGAGUAGUCCUUGGACUACAAUGUAACUUAAAUAGAAAACUAUCUUUAGAAAGAUUUUUCUUCCGAAAGCAUUUUAUUUUCAAAAUCCAAUUUAAAUUAAAAAAACCACACCCUGAUUUUAAAAAAUAAUAAUCUGAUUUAAAUUUAAAAAAAAUUGAUUUUUAUCCACCCUGAUUUCCGAUUCCUUGUAAAGGAGUCCAGGGAACUCAGUUGUUUGGUCGCUUAUACGAACAAAACGCAUAUUUUUGCCAUCCAGAUUGUGAUGUUUCCUGUUCUGCUUUCUGAUAUCUUAACCUUUCCCCCCUCCUCUCACUCCCUCUUUUUUUGGCCAGGGGUUCCAAGAUCCCAAAACCCCCUCCCGGGCACAAGUGGAAGGAAGUUCGGUGUGACAAUAGCGUGACCUGGCUAGCGUCGUGGACGGAGAACAUUAAUGGGGCCAUAAAGUACAUUAUGUUGAACCCCAGUUCCAAGUUGAAGGUGAGAGACAGGGGCAGGCGUUCCCUUCGGGAGUACAGUAGACCCUCCGGAUACGAUUAAAUUCGUUCCAGGGGCCCGUACUUAACCUGAAAAGUCCUUAACUGGAGGCGCCGCUUUUAUGCACGCGUGCGGUGCACAGAAAGGGAUGUGGGUGGCGCUGUGGGUUAAACCACAGAGCCUAGGACUUGCCGAUCAGAAGGUCGGCGGUUCGAAUCCCUGCGAUGGGGUGAGCUCCCGUUGCUCAGUCCCUACUCUGGCUGACCUAGCAAUUUGAAAGCACGUCAAAGUGCAAGUAGAUAAAUAGGUACCACUCCGGCAGGAAGGUAAACUGCGUUUCCAUGCGCUGCUCUGGUUUCGCCAGAAGCGGCUUAGUCAUGCUGGCCACAUGACCCGGAAGCUGUACGCCGGCUCCCUCGGCCAGUAAAGCGAGAUGAGCGCCGCAACCCCAGAGUCGGUCACAACUGGACCUAAUGGUCAGGGGUCCCUUUACCUUUACCUGCGGUGCGCAGAGCGCUUCUGCGCAUUCGCAUGAUGCAAAACCCGGAAGUAUAGACUUGUAUCCGGUUCUGCUUCUCUUUCCAGGGGGAGAAGGACUGGCAGAAAUACGAAAUUGCUCGCUGCUUGAAAGGGGUGGUGGGCAAGAUCCGUGCUCAGUACCGGGCGGACUGGAAAUCAAAGGAGAUGAAGAAGCGGCAGAGAUCCGUGGCCCUUUAUUUCAUCGACAAGGUAAGGGCUGCUUUCUGGCGCAGGGAAUAUCGCUCUUAAAGCCGGUUGCGAAUAUAGUCAUACCUCAUGUUACGUUUGCUUCAGGUUGAGCGUUUUCAGGUUGCGUCCCGCGGUGACCCGGAAGUAGCAGAACGGGUGACUUCCAGGUUUCACAACUCACGCAUGCGCAGACGGGCAAAAUGACGUCAUGCGCAGAAGUGGUGAAUCGCGACCCGCACACGCGCAGACACGGGUUGCGUUCUGUUCAGGUUGCGAACGGGCCUCCGGAACGGAUCCCGUUCGCAACCAGAGGUACCACUUUAUUCCUUUCUAGUAACAAUAACAAUUUCCCCAGCCACUCUGGGCAGCUCCCAACAGAAUAUUAAAAACACGAUAAAACAUCAAAAAUUUAAAACUUCGCUAAACAGGGCAGCCUUCAGAUGUCCUCUAAAAGUCAGGUAGUUACUUAUUUUCUGGACAUCUGAUGGGAGGGCGUUCCACAGUGAGGAAGCACCAGAGGUUUCUGCUCUCACAGCUGCAACAGCGGCGUUGGAAGGGGUUCCUUAGCGGUGUCACCCAUCUGCCCCCCCUGCAAUGCAAGAUGGAAGCAGUGUUUUGGAGAGAGCCUGCGUCUGACUCCCCCCGCUCCCCCCAUGGCUCUGAGAUCCAGCGCCGAUAGCCUUCUGGUGGUUCCCUCAUUGCGAGAAGCGAGGUUACAGGGAACCAGGCAGAAGGCCUUCUCGGUGGUGGCGCCCACCCUGUGGAACGCCCUCCCAUCAGAUGUCAAGGAAAUAAACAACUACCAGACUUUUAGAAGACAUCUGAAGGCAGCCCUGUUCAGGGAAGUUUUUAAUAUUUAAUGCUGUAUUGUUUUUAACACUCGAUUGGGAGCUGCCCAGAGUGGCUGGGGAAACUCAGCCAGUUGGGCGGGGUAUAAAUAAUAAAUUGUUAUUAUAAAUUAUUAUUGUGUCCCUCCCCAGCUGGCCCUGAGAGCGGGGAAUGAAAAGGAGGAAGGGGAGACGGCGGAUACGGUGGGCUGCUGCUCCCUCCGCGUCGAGCACCUGAGGCUUCACCCUCGGAUGGACGGGAAGGAGAACGUGGUGGAGUUUGACUUCCUGGGCAAGGACUGCAUUCGCUACUACAACCUGGUGCCUGUGGAGAAGCAGGUGAGAGAGAGGCAGCGUUGCUGGAGAGGAGGGAUGCAAGCAGUUCCUUGGGUCAGUGGGCACCAUUCUCCCUCUGCAACAGAACCAAUUAAUAAUCAUAGUUAUAAUCAUAAUAAUCAUAAUCAUAAUUUAUUAUUUGUACCCCGCCCAUCUGACUGGGUUUCCCCAGCCACUCUGGGUGGCUUCCAAGUAAGAUUAAAAAUACAUUAAAAUGUUACACGUUAAAAACUCCCCUGAACAGGGAAUUAUUUUUCGCUCCAUAAGCCGCACUUUUUUCCUCCUAAAAAGUAAGGGGAAAUGUCUGUGCAUCCUAUGGAGCGAAUGCCUAUGGAUAGCGGUGGGAUCCUGCUGCAGGAUCCAUGGUUCCCCUUCCUUCCCUCCUCCGUGGCUCGCUUUGAAGCAGCAAAGCGGGAGAGGAGCCUCUUACAUGGGUGUAAGCGGCUCCUGUCUGGUUGGCUGCUUUAAAGUGAGCGUGCUCUCUUUCAUUUCUUCCUCCCUGGCUCAGCUCCGCGAAAAGCUCCUUUUCCACACACCCCACGUGUGCUCCCUGCCCCUUCAGUGCUUUUCCUUCCCUCCCCACUUAAAACGUGAUUACAAAGCACGGAUCCACAUGGAUCCUCAGGAUUUUUGCAUUGGGUCACCCCAAUUUCACCAUCAGAUCACAUCGCAUGUCCAUGGCUACAGCCUGCACCGAAAAAAUCACGCACCCACUGUUGCCCGGGGCCGCAAUGGCGCAGAAACGUGGUUACAAAGCACGGAUCCACAUGGAUCCUCAGGAUUUUUGCAUUGGGUCACCCCAAAUUCACCACCAGAUCACACGUCUGUGGCCACAGCAUGAACCACAAAAAUCAUACAUCCACUGUUUCAUUCAGAAUAUUUUUUUUCUUGUUUUCCUCCUCUAAACUAGGUGCGUCUUAUGGAACAAAAAAGACGGUAACAGCUUGCUGAACCAAAAACAGGUGGUUGUUGGUGCGAUUAGUGUUAUUAAGUUUAUAACCCAGCCUUCCUCCUGAAGGGGACCCAGGGCAGAAAACACACAGGCGAUAAAUAAGAAUUUAAUUUUUAAUUUAUAUACUGCCCUUUAUCAAUAGAUCCCAGGACAGUUUAUAACUUUAAAAGCACAUUACAGAACGUCAAUGAUAAAAAAUGAUAAUAAAAAGCAUACUGAGAGAUAGCCUAGUAAUAAAAUAGAUAAAGCAGUUACAGCAUCUAAAGCCAUCUGUAAUACAGAUGCCGAAAGUUAUCUCCUUAAAAGUCCCGUUGAAAGGCCAGCUCUUUGCAGCUUCCCAGCAGUGAAAAUGACAGAGAGUUGUCCUUGCUCAUUUUGGGGAAUUGUGAAUUUGACUUUCCUUUGAGGCGUUUGAAGCUACAACAGUGUUCCCAGAAAGCCCGUCCUCUUUUUAAAAAAAAUAAUAAUCUUAUUUUUGUUCUUUAAAUUUCCCUGGAGGACACACAAAAAGACAUUAUGAAAACCUGUAUUCCUCUACAUAGAAAAGGUAAAGGGACCCCUGACCAUUAGGUCCAGUCAUGACCGACUCUGGGGUUGCGGUGCUCACCUCGCUUUAUUGGCUGAGGGAGCCGGCAUACUUCUUCCGGGUCAUGUGGCCAGCAUGACUAAGCCACUUCUGGCGAACCAGAGCAGCGCAUGGAAACGCCAUUUACCUUCCCGCCAGAGUGGUACCUAUUUAUCUACUUGCACUUUGACGUGCUUUCGAACUGCUAGGUUGGCAGGAGCAGGGACCGAGCAAUGGGAGCUCACCCCGUUGCGGGGAUUUGAACCACCAACCUUCCGAUCGGCAAGCCCUAGGCUCUGUGGUUUAACCCACAGCGCCACCCACGUCCCUUAUUCCUCUACAUACACCACAACUUAUAAGAGAGACGCUAUAUGUGCUUUUCCUUGUUUAUUUGCUUGUUUUGUAACAAAAGAAAAUCCUGAAUAAAACCUCUAAAAAAAAAUCAGUUUACAUCUAUAAAGAAUGCCCUUAUUAAGCGAUCCACGAGUUAGUAUCAACCUUUGGAACUGGCCUUUGGGCUUCUGGAGAAUUUGUAAAUGAAGUAAAGCUCCAGUGAUUUCCUGCAAAGAUAUAUUUGGCUUUUAUCCCUCUUGCCAGCCUUUACUUGUGAGUGGCUUUGCUUACUCCUGCCAUUCUCCUGAGCUGACCUUGCUCUCAGAAUUUCCAUCUUGAUCAUUGCAGGUGUUCAAGAAUUUGCAGCUGUUCAUGGAGAACAAAGGACCCGGGGACGAUCUUUUCGACAGGCUGUCUGUAAGUUUGGGCUGACCUUCACAGAUGUUUCAAUCCUGGGUAUUUUUGAAUGGCCAGAUUCUCCAGGCAAUAGCAGAGGAAGAAAAGCAAUGAGAAACCUAGACAGCAUCUUAAAAAGCAGAGACAUCACCUUGCCAACAAAGGUCCGUAUAGUUAAAGCUCUGGUUUUCCCAGUAGUGAUGUAUGGAAGUGAGAGCUGGACCAUCAAGAAGGCUGAUCGCCAAAGAAUGGAUGCUUUUGAAUUCUGGUGCUGGAGGAGACUCUUGAGAGUCCCAUGGACUGCAAGAAGAUCAAACCUAUCCAUUCUGAAGGAAAUCAGCCCUGAGUGCUCACUGGAAGGACAGAUCCUGAAGCUGAGGCUCCAAUACUUUGGCCACCUCAUGAGAAGAGAAGAGUCCCUGGAAAAGACCCUGAUGUUGGGAAAGAUGGAGGGCCCAAGGAGAAGGGGACGACAGAGGACGAGAUGGUUGGACAGUGUUCUCAAAGCUACCAGCAUGAGUUUGACCAAAGUGUGGGAGGCAGUAGAAGACAGGAGUGCCUGGCGUGCUCUGGUCCGUGGGGUCACGAAGAGUCGGACACGACUAAAUGACUAAACAACAACAACAAGUACCCCUGACCGUGGGGGCAGUGCAAAAGCUAACAGGACCAGUGGUCAGGGAUGAUGGGAAUUGUAGUCCCAAAACAGCUGGAGGGCCAAGUUUGGUGAUGCCUGACUUAGCAACAACCCCAUUUUCACUGCUGUGAGUUCCUUAAGUGGACUUCCCCUGCCUUCUCCCCCCCAAACUUCCUUUCCUGAAUAAAAAACGUGCACCCCACCACCGAGACCAUUCCAUUGUAACCAUCCAACCUCCCAGAAUUUCAACACCUCUUGCGAUGGUUUCACCCCUUUCUGUUUUUAACAGUACAAAUUCUACAGACACCCUCCGUAUCUCCUCAAAAUAAUUUCUUCUGCGUAUUCCCCGUCUUACCUUAAUGGCACAUGUUAAUUUAUCAUUAUAGCUAUAUCCCAAACGUCUUUGUACCAUUCCUCCAUUUUAUAUUCUGCUUGCCCUGGCUUAUAAGAAUUUGUGCAGCUGUCGAUAAAUUUGGGAGCCUGCGAACCUUCCACACCCAUCGUAAAUUGAUAAUAAUGCUACCUCUGGACUUUUGGCCGGGACGUUUUUAUUCUUAUUUAUUUAUGAUUAUUACUUUGUCAAUUAACUAACUAACUAACUAACUAACUAACUAACUUCCUUUCCUUUCCAGACCUCAACCCUGAACAAACAUCUCCAGGACCUGAUGGAAGGUUUGACAGCCAAGGUCUUCAGGACCUACAAUGCCUCCAUCACCCUGCAAGAGCAGCUGGAUGCCCUGACAAAUGGUAAACGGGCUCAGGGCAAAUUUUUCUGCUGCACAGGCUGGAUUUAAUUCCAGCAAGACUCUGCAGGGUCUCUAGAAUAGCAGUAGUUAGUAACGGUAAUAAUAAUACCCCACCCGUCUGGCUGGGUCGUCCAGAAAACAGUGGAUGCUCAGGUUGCGAACAUGAUCCAUGCGGGAUGCACAUUCGCAACCCGCAUCUGCGCACGCACGGGUUGCAAUUCAGCGCUUCUGCACAUGUGCAAGGCGCAAUUUAGCGCUUCUGCGCAUGCGUGACCGCCGAAACCCGGAAGCAACCCGUUGCGGUACUUCCGGGUUUCGGUGGUCCGUAACCUGAAAAAACACAACCUGAAGUGCCUGUAACCCAAGAUAUGACUGUAAAUACUAAUACAGUGGCACCUUGGAUUUCAAACGCUUUGGGUUACAAACACUUUGGGUUACAAACUCCUCUAACUCGGAAGUAGUACCUCGGGUUGAGAACUUUGCCCCAGGAUGGGAACGGAAAUCGCAUGGUGGCAGGCACCAUUAGCGAAAGUGCGCCUCAGGUUAAGAAUGGUUUCGGGUUAAGAACGGACCUCCGGAACAAAUUAAGUUCGUAACCCGAGGUACCACUGUACACACAUUUUUGAGAUGGGAGGGAGAUGUGCUCCUGUUCCAAAUGCGGAAUGCAACGUCAAAUCCCUCUUGAAUUUUGGUGGUGUUCAAGUUUAGGAGAAUGUAAGAAGGGUCUGGCUGCAGGAUCAGGCCAAGGUCCUAUCGGAUCCAUUCUCCUGUCCUCACCGUAGCCAAGCAGAUGUGUCUGGGAAGCCCCCAAGCAGGGUUUGAGCACAAGAUCACUUUUCCCCGCUUGCGUUUCCAGGAACUAGCCUUUAGGAACAUUCCUGCUGCAACAGUCAAGGCAGAAUGUAGCUGUUGUGACUAGGAGAUGUUGAGAACUUUAUCCUCUGUGAAGGCCACAAGGGGAGAGAUCUUACGAUCCCUAGUGACUAGGUGAUACCUGGUUUUCAACAUCGCGAUAUAUCACCAGCUAAACAUUGUGAUAUAUCACGAGGUCUGAAAUAAGGAUGAAGCCAUGUUGAAGCAUUGGCUGGCUUCACGGUUUUCCCCACAUUGUGAUUUUUGCAGAGCACACACACACACACACACACCAUGAUUUGCAAUAUAUUGGCAGGUCAGAUGUUUAGAAAAUGUUAUCGCGAUACGGACUUCAAACCAGUUUGGGAUGAUAUGUCGAUAUAUUGCCCGGCCCUACGAGCAACUGGUAUUCAGAGGUGCAAGAGGGUGGGGUCUGUUGUCAGAAACUGGGAGAGCCCCCAGCAUAGAUGGGGAAGAUCGCACCCUUACCCCCUGUAGCUGCAAGUCAGUGUUGGCUAUGCUGGGAUGGAGGGGCUACCGGUCUUAUCAGAAAAGUUCAUGUGUUCCUAUGAAUGCUUGCAUUUGCAACGAGGCUGGUGCCUGGUGCAAUCGUGCUGGCUCCUGAUAGCCCCUGUGUCAGAAAUACAGAUAAAGGUAAAGGGACCCCUGACCAUUAGGUCCAGUCGUGGCCGACUCUGGGGUUGCGGCGCUCUUCUCGCUUUAUUGGCCGAGGGAGCCGGUGUACAGCUUCCGGGUCAUGUGGCCAGCAUGACUAAGCCGCUUCUGGCGAACCAGAGCAGCGCACAGAAACGCCAUUUACCUUCCCGCCGGAGUGGUACCUAUUUAUCUACUUGCACUUUGACGUGCUUUUGAACUGCUAGGUGGGCAGGAGCAGGGGCCGAGCAACGGAAGCUCACCCCGUCGCUGGGAUUCGAACCGCCGACCUUCUGAUCGGCAAGCCCUAGGCUCUGUGGUUUAACCCACAGCGCCACCCGAGUCCCUACAGAAACACAGAUACACCUACACAAAUCCCACCUCAGCCUUGCCUUUUGGUUCCUGACAGAGGACGACAACGUGGCUGCCAAGCUCCUCUCCUACAACCGAGCCAACCGCGCAGUCGCCAUCCUUUGCAACCACCAGCGGGCAACUCCAAAAACCUUCGAGAAGUCCAUGCAAAACCUCCAGGCUAAGGUAACCCAGCAGAGGGGGGGCGCUGAGAUUAUCCAAGGGCUUAUCUCCAUCUGUUUUGCUGAUCCAGCCCUCCUCCUGAUCUUCUUGCACAAAGCUUUCUGGUGCGCUGUUGGGGCUGAACAGCUGGGUGGCUAAUAAUAAUAAUAAUCAUAAUUUAUUUCUACCCCGUGCAUCUGGCCACUCUGGGCAGCUCCCAAUAGAAUAUUAAAAACAUCAUAAAAUUAAAAACAUCACAAAACAUUCAAACAUUAAAAACUUCCCUAAAGAGGGCUGCCUUCAGAUGUCUUCUAAAAGUCGGAUAGUUGUUUAUUUCCUUGACAUCUAAUGGGAGGGGUUUCCCCAGCCACUCUGGGUGGCUUCCAACAAACACAUUAAAAACUUCCCUGAACAGGGCUGCCUUCAGAUGUCUUCCGAAUGUCAGGUAGUUGUUUUUCUCUUUGACAUCUGAUGGGAGGGCGUUCCACAGAGCGGGCACCACCACCGAGAAGGCCCUCUGCCUGGUUCCCUGUAACCUCACUUCUUGCAGCGAGGGAACCACCAGAAGGCCCUCGGCGCUGGACCUCAGUGUCUGGGUUGAAUGAUGGAGGUGGAGACUCUCCUUCAGGUAUGCUGGACCGAGGCCGUUUAGGGCUUUAAAGGUCAGCACCAACACUUUGAAUUGUGCUCGGAAAUGUACUGGGAGCCAACAUAGGUCUUUCAGGACCGGUGUUAUGUGGUCUCGGUGGCCGCUCCCAGUCACCAGUCUAGCUGCCGCAUUCUGGAUUAAUUGCCGUUUCCGGUUCGUCUUCAAAGGUAGCCCCACAUAGAGCGCAUUGCAAUAGCCCAAGCGGGAGAUAACCAGAGCAUGCACCACUCUGGCGAGACAGUUAAGCUGGAUGCAAGACAGGAAUGCGGAGAAGAACUUGUAGCCCAUCCACACUUGCCUACAAAGACAAGACCUGAACCCACCAUGCUUUUUGCCGUUCCAGAUCAAUGUCAAAAGGGACCAAUUGUGCGAUGCAAAGCUGGAGCUCAAGAAGGCGAAGGCAGAUUGCAGAAGUAAAAGGGAUGUGAAAUUUAAAGCGUGAGUGAAGCCGGUUCCUUUUGUGUCCUGGGUUGUCCUUUCAAUUAACUGUUAGGAGGUUCAUCAUAGAAGUGGCAUGCGGGGAACUAAUUUAGUAUGGUUCUUUUUCCCAUAUGCAGGUGCUUGCAGGGUAACCUUGGCAAAGCGGUCACUUAUGCGAUAAAAAACAUUAUAUGCUAGAGUUGUCUGUCCCUAAUAAUAAUAAUAAUAAUAAUAAUUUAUUAAUACCCCGCCCAUCUGGCUGGGUUUUUCCAGCCACUCUGGGCGUCUUCCAACAAAAUACUAAAAUACAAUAACCUAUUAAACAUUAAAAGCUUCCCUAAACAGGGCUUUCUUCAGAUGUCUUCUAAAAGUUUGGUAGUUACUUGUUUUAUGAAUACCCUCUCCUUUUCAUCUAUCUAUCAAUCAAUCAAUCAAUCAAUCAAUCUUUAUUACGGUCCAGAGACCCAACAAAUCGUUACAAAGCAAUGCACAUCGCUUCAUCUAUCCCAGAUUGGCUGCCAGCCAAACUCACUGUGCAAAAUGUUACAAACCUCUUGCCAUGUCUUAAUUUCACAGACUUCUUCGCGUGUCCUGUCAGUUGCCUUUUAAAACUAGAAAGUUGUUUUAUUUUUGUAAAUUCCUUUGGGGUGGCGGUGGCGGUUUGCCUUUACAAUUAAGCUGUAUAUAAGUUUUGUUAAAUAAAUAAACAGCCAAGCAGCCUGAAAUAUUAGACUAUAGCAGGCAUAGGCAAACUCGGCCCUCCAGCUGUUUUGGGACUACAACUCCCAUCACCCCUAGCUAACAGGACCAGUGGUCAGGGAUGAUGGGAAUUGUAGUUCCAAAACAGCUGGCGGGCCGAGUUUGCCUAUGCCUGGACUACAGGGACAGAGGGCACAGUCGGAAUGUGAAUAAGGAAACCUGCCAAGCUAUUCUGGUAGCGAACCAUGAGGACUAACGGCUUGCUUUGUCGGUCCCUGUUGCGUUCUCACGUGCGCAGUGCCUCUCUUCCGAACCAGGGCUUUAGAAAAGAAGCAGAAGCACGUAGAGAAGUUGGAAGAGCAGCUGGAGAAGCUGGUCCUGCAAGCCACGGACAAAGAGGAGAACAAGCAGAUCGCUCUGGGCACCUCCAAGCUGAAUUACCUGGACCCGCGCAUCAGUGUGGCCUGGUGGGUUGACGUGCCUGGGGAAGGACGGUCCUGCUGUGUGUUUGGUGCAAAAGCGGAAGCCCGGUCAUGAUUGCUAGGAUUUGCCUGCCCUCCACCCUAAAGUCCCAGGGUUGCAACAAUUAAAACGCAAUAUUAAAAAUCGUUUGGAACAGCAUACGGUCACAGGAUCCUGAAAACAUACACCUCAAAGGCCAGGGCAAAGAGGUGCAUUUUCAGCAUCCUCCGGAAGCUGUACAAUGAAGGUGCCAGGCACAAUUCUGUGGGGAGGGAGUUGCACAGCUUAGGGGCCACCACAGAGAAGGCCCUGUCCCCCUGGGCCACCACCCUCUGAGUCUCUGAGGGUGGAGGAACUACCAAGAGGGCCUCCUCUCCCGAUCUCAGCACCUGAGAGGGUCCGUAGGGAAGGAGGCGGCCCUUCAGUUAUUCCGGACCUGAGUUAUUUGGGGCUUCAAACACCCAUACAAGCAUCUUGAACUGGGCCCGGAAAUUAACUCCCAACCACUGCAGCUCUUUUCAAAGCAGGGGGUUGCUGAACCCAAAGCCCAAGAAGCCCGGCUUUGAUACCAAAAAGGCGCCCUGACAUGCUUUUUCUGCCCACAGGUGUAAAAGGUUUUGCGUGCCCAUUGAGAAGAUUUUUAACAAGACCCAGAGGGAAAAGUUUGCGUGGGCGAUAGAUAUGGCAGACGAAGAUUUUGUAUUCUGA